AUGGCUGGUAAUGUAGUGUCUCCUUUGUUGGAUGGUGAUCUGGACACUAGGAGAAUUCCGGCAUCAUUUUCUAAUGACAUUACUGGACCUCGUUUGUUGCUAUAUGAUUUGGAUUUGGAUAGUGGAGAGUUGAUAAUGACAUUUGAUGAACCAGUUGACGUUUCAUCUCUUGAUGCAACGGGAAUCACCGUCCAGUCAAUGUCACAUUUGAGUUCAAUCUCGCAGUUGUACUACACUCUUACUGAUGGAAUGUCCAUGUCUUCUAAUGGAGAUAUCAUUGAGAUCCAGUUGUCACCAACUGACUUGAAUGAGAUCAAGUCUAGAGCUUCACUGGCAACUUCUAAAGCCAAUUCAUUUCUUUCAGUGACAAAUACAACUAUUAGUGACUUGUCUGUACAGAUAAAUGGCAUGCAGACGAUCUUGAGUUCAUCAGGACUGCAAGUUACUUCAUUUUAUAGUGAUGUUACUCGUCCAGUGUUGUCUUCGUUUGAUGUCGAUCUGAAUGUGCAUAAGUUGACGUUGAGUUUCUCAGAGCCUGUUCUUGUGUCCACGUCAUUUAAUCUCUCAAAGAUCACAUUGCAAUCUACUACUAAUGGGAGUCAGGAAUCUCUCACAAUUACUGGAGGGAGCAUUGAGUCUGAUGUUAAAGAUGGAGCACAAACUGUUACAUUUACUCUUGCAGACAGUGACAUUGUGGCUUUGAAACAAAACCAGAAGCUAGCAACUUCACAAGGCAGCACUUUUUUGUCAGCAUCUGUUGGUUUAGUUGAAGACAUGAGUGGUAACGUUAUGGGUCUUCUGCCCUCUUCAGCUGCUCUGCAAGUGAAAUCCUUCAUUCCUAAUACAACACCACCUCGGUUGAUAUCUUUCUCACUUGACAUUGACUCUGGUGUUUUGAGUAUGACUUUUGAUGAUGUUGUGGCUCCUUCUACUUUCCAACCUGAAGCUGUCACGCUACAAAAUUCGUCUCAGAGUUAUCCUUUAUCUAAAGUUUCUCUGACAAGUGGAAGUCGUAUAACCAGUUCCAAUGGCUUUACUAUAGAUGUACAAAUUUCAGAUGACGAUCUGAAUGAGGUGAAGAAAGUCAGAACGAUGGCCACUUCAAUACACAACACAUUCAUUGUAAUUGGUGCUCAUCUGAUUGACAGCGUGACAGGAGUAGAUGCAUUGGCUAUUACAGAUGGCAAGGGUCUUCAAGCAAGUGACUUCAAAAAUGAUGAAACUCGACCCACACUGACAGAUUUUGAUCUAGAUGUUGAUGCUGGCAUUCUUCAUUUGUUCUUUUCAGAAACUGUUGAUGUUCGAAAGUUUUCUCAGUCAACAGUGAGUCUUCAAACGGGAAAGACUUUGUCAGAUAAUUUUACAUUAUCAGCCAGUGGGACUUUGGUACCAGAUAAUGCAUCACCAAACGUGGAUAUCAAUCUUGACAUUAAUGAUUUGACUUUGGUUAAGAAAAAUGAAGGUCUUGCUACUCAUGUGAAUAACACUUGGCUGACAAUAUCGGAGUUGACAGCUGUUGAUAUGAAUGGCAACAGAGUAGUGCCACUUCCCAAUGGAAAUGCGUUAAACGUGAGGAGUUUCACUGAGGAUUUAACACAACCAGUGUUGACUACUUUUGAUUUGGAUUUGAAUACUGGAGUGAUCAGUUUGCAGUUUGAUGAGAUUGUGGAUGCAAGUUCAUUUGAUGUCACACAGUUGACUCUGGUGAAUCAUCGUAAUCUUAUUACACAGAAAUUGUCACUGGUUACAAGUAUAUCGUCACAGGACGACUCUCAAACUAUUAUUAUCACAUUGUCAAAGUCUGAUUUCGAGGGGUUGAAACAAAUGCCAGAUCUUGCUUCUCGUGUAGCAAACACUUUCCUAAUGGCAACUAACUCAACUGUAAAAGACAUGAAUAACAACUUGCUCACACUCCUCUCUGCCUUUCGUGUCUCCUUGUUUAUCGAUGACACAACACCUCCAUUUCUCCUUUCAUUUUCUCUUGACAUGACAAUUGGCAAGCUAACUCUUCAGUUCAGUGAAACAGUGCAUGCUAGGACAUUAGAUUCUACACAGCUAACGAUACAAAACACUCAAAGCGGAGGCACACUCAAUGCGUACACACUGACGGGAGGAGUUGGAUCAACUAUUGAUUCUACAGAGAUUGUCCUCAUUCUCAGUGUUCUUGACUUGAAUGCUCUAAAGCUUGACAGCCAACUUGCUACUGCAGCAUCAAACACAUUUUUGGCUAUGACUUCUGAUGCUAUUCAGGAUAUGCGCUAUUCUGCAGGCAACAAAGUACAAGGAAUACCAACUUCAGCUGCUGUGAAGGUUAGCAACUACAUUUCAGACAGGGUAAGACCAUCUUUGGUGUCUUUUGACUUGAACUUGGAUAGCAGGUUGUUGUCAUUGACUUUUGAUGAAACAGUGAAGGCAUCGACAUUGAGUGUUAAAGACAUAACGAUACAAAACAAUGCCUCAUCGUCUCUAACUAGUGCCACACUCACUGCUGCCAGCUCAUCAAGCAGUAGUGAUGGCACAGUUAUAGUCAUUGGACUUGCAAGCAGCGAUUUUAAUCAAGUUGCAUCUCAUCUGUCUCUUGGUACCAUGCCUGACAAUACAUUUCUAUCAAUUACAAGUAAUAUGAUAGAAGAUAUGAAUGGCAAUGCAGUUAAAGAAAUCAGCCAUUUAAAUGCUUUGCCAAUCACAAGUCAUAUGGCAGAUACAUCACAACCAAGUCUUGAAUCGUAUGGUUUAGACAUGGACAGUGGUCUUGUGACACUGACUUUUUCGGAGCCAGUUAGUUUAGCUUUGUUUCAGCCAAACCAACUUACUUUUCAAUCAAGUCAAUCUAAUGCAUCAGUGAUGUACGUGUUAACAGGUGGUGCUGCCACCCAAACAGUUACCACGACUGUUACAUUGCAGCUCACAGAAAAUGAUCAAAACAAACUUAAGAGUUUUCUAUCACUUGCAACUGCUAUUACUGAUACAUUCCUGUCCAUCACUUCAAGCACAGUGAAUGACAUGAAUGAGAAUCCAGUCAUUGCUGUCUCACCUAACAAUGCCCUUCGUGUUCGGCAAUAUGUCAGUGACACCACAGCUCCAAGACUUAUCCACUUUGAUUUUGAUCUGAAUAGUGCGCAAUUGUUUCUUACAUUUGAUGAAACUGUUCUCACAAAGUCAAUUGAUGCAACCCAGUUGACUUUACAGGAUGCAGUAUUAGUGAAUCAAGCAUCAUAUGAACUCACUAAUGUGGCUGUUUCAGGUCAAGAUGAUACUGAAGUUAGUUUGUUUCUUAGCCAGACUGAUUGGGAUGAAGUUACACGACUUCCUUUGUGUCAGUCGUCUGUUGACUGUUUUUUGACAAUCACAUCAUCUUUUGUUACUGAUGCAGCAGACUUACCUGUUGUUCCUCUGACAGAUGGUUCUGCUCUUUCUGUGAGACAACUGACUAGAGAUCGUACCAAUCCAAUGUUUGCUCAAUUUGAAACGUUGGAUCUUGAUAGCGGUGAACUUGUAUUGUCAUUCUCUGAGACAGUCAAUGUAUCAUCAAUCAAGUUUGAUGGGUUGUUUCUUAGCAAUUCUUUUGUGAAUGCAUCUGGGACAUUGUCAUUGACUGGUGGGUCGACAAUUAGCAGUGAUGGAACUCGUGUUGUUGUCUCUCUUACAUUAUUUGAUCUAAAUUAUCUUAAGUUAGACACAAGGCUGUGCACAGUUAGCACAAACUGUUGGAUUCGGAUUGACUCAAGCUUUAUUCAAGAUAUGUCUGGAAAUACAAUUAUCUCUGUUGUACCUGGAAGUAGUGGCUCUUGGCUUCAACCUUCUUCGUUCAUUUCUGAUAGUACAUCACCCCAAUUGGUAAGCUUUGUUGUUGACAUGAACGAGGGAAUUUUACGUAUGACAUUUGACGAAGUUGUUGAUUUAAAAUCAUUUCAGCCAUUGCAUCUCACCAUACAAAACAGUCAUGAUGGCACUGUAUCAGUGUCUGUUGCAUCAUUUGGUCCUGAAGUUUCUUCACGAAGUGAUGAUGGUUUGGUCAUAACUCUAACACUGACAACAGAUGAUGCAAAUGCACUGAAGUCUGUAGAAGGUCUUGCAACUUCACGUGCAGAUUCAUUUAUCGUUUUCAACUCUAGUUUAGUGAGUGAUGUUAGUGGUAAUGGUGUACAACCAAGAAGAGAUGGCAUCAACACAUUACAAGCAUCUUCAUUUCUUUCAGAUGUGACUAGACCUCGUGCUAUAUCUUUCACAGCAUUAGAUUUAAAUGAUGGAUUUCUGAGAUUGUUGUUUGAUGAGCCAGUAUCACUUGCCAGCAUCUUGCCUGCUGAGCUUUCUAUUCUCUCUGUGGUAUUUCCAAAUGAAAGUCACACAUUGACUGGUGGUGAAGUCUCUUAUGUCAAUAUUGGAAAGAGAGAAAUAGAAGUUGCUCUCAACCAAUUCGAUCUAAAGACUCUUAAACUGAAUGAGCUAGUUGCAACAUCUGAUUCUGAUACUCAUCUUUCUUUAACAAACAGUACAGUCACCGAUGUGUCAGGCAAUAAGGUCACACCAGUAUCUACAGACAAUCCAUUGCCACUGGUACGUGGAGGAUUUACUGCUGAUUCAACGGCUGCAUACUUGGAGAGCUUUUCAUUGGACAUGGACUCUAGUAUGAUUUAUCUCACUUUUAGUGAUGUAAUGGAUGCAAGUAGUGUGGAUGUCUCACAACUCACUCUGCAAGGUGAUAUGGUUGGAAAUGUGUCUUACACACUGUUAGCUAAUAAAGCUUUGCCGGUUGAUGGCAGUGAUGGAAGUGGUUCUGGUUCAGGAUCAGGAUCAGGACAGGCAACUGUAAUGCCAACAGAAGCCACAAGAAUUGAUCCAGAUGAUUAUGUUAUAAUUGCUGAGCUAAGCGACUCUGACCUUAACUCGUUGAAGAUUAACACUUUACUUGCUACAGCUCAAGCUGAUACCUACUUGAGUCAUACGUCUGAUUUUGUCAAAGACUUGGAUGAUCGAAAAUCUAUCCCAAUCUCUGCCGUUUCUGCUCAACAGGCUGCGUCAUAUUUUCGAGAUGAGACUGUCCCUCAGUUGUUGUCAUUUAACCUGGAUAUGGAUGCUCAAAGUUUGGAACUGACAUUUAAUGAGCCUGUCAAUCCCUUAACUUUGACCGGUUCAAGGAUAACAAUCCAGAACUAUCAGAACACAAGCACAACACACUUACACAACAUGUUCCACACUUUUACCGGUGGUGAAGCGGCACACAACCAGACUGGCAGUUUAUCUCUUACCGUCUUGCUAAAUGACUUUGAUUCCAACACUUUGAAGUCACAAUUAGACCUAGCUACUGAUGUCAACAACACGUAUUUAACCUUGGAAAGUGGUGUGUGUGAAGACAUGAGUGGCAAUCCCUCGGCUGAGCUAGCUGGCUUAGCACUACAAGCCAGUGCUGUAAAGGAAGAUACAAUGCAACCAGAACUGCUCUCUUUUGACAUUGAUCUCAAUGGCAACUUUCUCAAAUUGAGUUUCUCUGAGGCUGUUGUUACAUCAACAUUCAACACAACUGAAAUCACUCUACAGAGUCAGCGUCAUAAAGUGGCAGGAACAAAGAACAUCACACUGUCUGGUGGUCGGAUUAGAGGCUUGAAUGUGCAGUCAGUGAUUCAGGUCUACUUCACUGGAUACGAUACAAUGCUAUUGAAACAAGAUGAUCUUGCUUUAGCCAAGUCUAGACAAGACACUUUCUUGACUUUCACAGAAACCACUGCUGAAGACUUCGUUGGGUACCAUGUUGUUCCGAUUACAUCAGACAAUGCUGUCCAAGUGACUACCUAUCAAGAAGACUUGACAUGUGUUGGAAUCCGAACAGCAGAGUAUGUGCCAGAUACAACAAGCCCUGAACUGGAACGAUUCUCUGUCAACAUGUCAUCUGGAGAAAUCACUUUCUAUUUCUCAGAGACAGUAGACAGGACGACUUUCAGCUUUUCUGGACUUACAUUUGUAGACACAGAUGGCCUUCCAGAUAGUCAGCACCCUGUUGCUAACAAUGGUACUGUUCUGAAUAACAAGAACACACCAAUUGUCUCUGUUCUGCUGCACAUUGAUGAUCUAAAUGCGUUGAAGAACGACGAGGGUUUGUUUACUAAACUGGGUUCUUCACACUUAACACUGACAGGCAACACUGUGUUUGACAUGGCAAGUAAUGCCAUUGUCCCGAUUUCAAUUACUAGCGCAGUAAGGACAUUUCAAUACACUCCAGAUUACAUUGGACCUGAAGUGGUUGGGUUUAGUCUUGAUAUGAACAGUAACCAGUGUGUACUUACAUUUAAUGAACCCAUUGCAAUUGAUCAGUUUGAUCCAACUGCUCUCACGUUUCAGAAUGGACUGUUGUCAUCUCGCAAUUACACUCUAACUGGAUCAACUCGCAAGACAGUUAGUGACAAUGGACUAGAAAUCCAGAUUGAUCUUCUAACUGUUGAUGCAAACCAGAUUCGAGCAUAUGAAGAUCUUGCUACGUCACAUGAUAACACGUUUAUUACAUUUACAUCAACACUUGUGCAAGACAAGAGCGAUAAUUUUGUUAGGCCUCGAGAGUCUUCAUUUCUAGCCAUUAAUGUUACAUCAUUCAUUUCUGACAAUACAGAUCCAAAAGUCACAUCUUUUUCACAACUAGACUUGGAUGAAGGUGUGCUGCGGAUAUCGUUCAACGAACCUGUUGAUUUAGAAUCUGUGCAGUUUGAAAAGAUCAGUCUGCAAUCUCUGUCUACGGGUGGUACCAUUGUUUCUCUGUCUAAUGGCACAGUAUUCUACGUUGAUGACGUUGUGAAGCAAGAGAUUGAAAUCAGGCUGUCAAAAUCUGAUUUGAAGACUUUGAAACUUGACACCACAAUUGGCACUUCACCAUCUAAUUCCUUUCUCAAGAUGUUUGCUGGUGCCAUCAAUGAUACUAAUGGUAAUCCAGUUGUAGGUUUAGCUUCUGCCAUUCAGCUUGCAGCUGUAGGUUUUAUUCCUGACACAACUGGUCCUUUGGCCACAGACUUUCAUUUGGACAUGGAUGAAGGAACAUUAAGCAUAACAUUUGAUGAUGUGGUAGUGACCUCUCUUGACUCUUCUAAGAUACGUCUACAGAGCUCUAAAGAUGAUACAACACCGGAGUUUCGUGAAUUGCUUAUGGGAAUUGUUCUUUCCUCUUCAAGUGACUAUUCUGUAAUCAUCAAACUUGAAUCAGGGGAUGUCAAUGAAAUUAAACGCGAUGACAAGCUUGCAACUCGAUUGGACAAUACUUUUCUGGCACUGACAGCUGAAACUGUUACAGAUGUGUUUUCAAAUAAUGCCGAACCAAUCACAAGACGUAAUGCUCUUCUUGCCAGUCAGUUUACACCAGAUACUAAUCCACCUACUCUUGAAGAUUUUACUCUCGACAUGGAUGGAAGCGGUCGUAUAGUUCUGACUUUUUCAGAAACUGUUAAUCGGCAACGCCUGAAUGUGACCCAGGUGACGCUAUACAGUUCAACAUCUGGUGAUAGAUACAGUUUGACAGGAGGAGAGUAUAUUCCAGUGUUACAACAAGCAAAGCUGUCUAUUGAAAUCAAAUUGACUAUUGAUGACUUGAACAUGUUGAAGUCUCUUCGUGACUUGGCUACAAAUGCAGCAAAUACUGAUCUGUUGAUUACUUCCAUGCUUGUUGAUGAUAUGAAUGAAAAUCAUAUCACGCCUAUCAAUGCAUCAAACUCAUUUCAAAUUAUGAGUUCAAAGUUCUUACCAGAUCGAACACGUCCUCAACUGAAUCAGUAUAAUUUGGAUUUAGACCUUGGGCAGUUUUCACUUACUUUUGAUGAGACUGUUAAUGCAUCUUCAUUCAAUCCUACUGGUUUUAUCUUGCAGAACAUCAAGGGUUUUACAGUGAAUAGUUAUCAGCUCACUGGCGGGUGGAACACUCUUGAAGACAGUACAAUAGUCAAAUUUAACAUGACAGUCGAUGACCUGAAUGCUGUUAAAAGAGCUAUUGGACUGGCUGCUUCUAAAGACACAACCUAUCUUGUAGUCCAAGAAACGGCAAUCAGAGACAUGGUCUCUAAUGCAGUAUCUAAUCCAGUAGAAGAAAUUGGGGUGUUGGAGGCAUUGAAGGUGGACCAAUACACAAAUGAUACUACUCCUCCUGUUUUCGUGGGUUUCAGUUUGAAUAUGAGCACAGGGAUAAUACAGAUGACAUUUGAUGAGACUGUGAAUGUUUCUUCUCUUGAUAUUCAACAGAUCUUGCUACAGUCUAAUGUGUCUCUGAACAACAGUCUUGGCUGGUACAGACUAACAACUGACAGUCCUUUUCCAAGUCGCACUUUCAGUAGUGACGACACUGUUGUGACCAUUACUAUUGGAGACACUGAUCUAAAUGCUAUCAAGAAGGACCUGAAUGUAGCUACUACAGAGCACAAUACAUACAUUUCGUUUGCAGCUCUUCUGGUUCGUGACAUGAAUUUCAAUUAUGUCACAGCAGUUCGUUGGUCAAAUGCUACCUGGGUUUCUGAUUUUUAUCCUGACUAUGUUAGACCAUCUCUGCUGUCUUAUGAUCUGUAUCUUACAAACGAAUUACUGACUAUGACAUUCAGUGAAACAAUGAGAGUCGAAUCUCUUGAUGUAACUCAAAUAACACUGCAGUUUUCCAAUGAAACUAAGAAUGGAGCUGCAAGAAGUUUGAACAAUGAAAGCAGAGCUAUUCAGGAAGACAACACCGUGGUUUCAGUUCACCUUGGUGUUACUGAUCUCAAUGAAAUAAAACGACUCCGUGAAUUAGCAACCUCAUUUUUUAAUACAUUCAUGGUAAUGACAAAAAGUGCUAUCCAGGAUAUGAGUAGAAACCCUGUCAAUGAACUACAGGAUAGUAGGAAUGCAUUGCAAGUGCGUCGGUUUCGACCAGACGUAAUUCGUCCCAACCUUGAUUACUUUGAUCUGGAUGUUGAACGAGCACUCUUGACACUUGUGUUUGAUGAAACAAUAGAAACAUCCUCUUUGGAUAUCACUCAAAUUUCUUUACAACCUGCAGUGUUUGUUGCCUCUAAUGAGUCAUCCUUUACUUUAUCUAGCAGCAGCAGCUCUAAAAGUGUUGAUGGUGUGAGUGUUGAAAUUGAAUUGAGUAUUUCGGACCUUAAUGCAAUCAAGAAAAUUGUGUCUUUGGCACGUGAGGAAAAUACAACAUACCUCACUUUCACAGAUGAACUGAUUGAUGACAUGAACGGAAAUCAAGUUUUUGGCUUAGCCAAUGGAGAUGCAGCACGUGUUGCACAGUACCAAAGGGAUAUUACUGGUCCUCAUCUUUUAUCGUUUCAGUUGGAUGUCGAUAGUGGUAUAAUCACCAUGUUUUUUGAUGAGACAGUAAAUGCCUCCAGUUUUGUUCCUACUCGAUUAAGUCUAACAUCAGAUGUAGAUGGUGGGGCUGUUGUCAAUAUAACUGGAGGUCAAGUUUUGUCAUCCAAUUCACAUAUUUUGGAAGUUCUCUUGCCAGUUUUAGACCAGAACAGUAUUAAACUGCGGAGGAACUUGGGUACUCAAGUUGACAACACAAAUUUGACUAUUGGAUUUGACACUGUCAGGGAUUUAGCAUUGUUUCCAAACCCAGGAUUUUCUGCUAACCUGGUUGCAGAUGUCAUUACUAGUGACUCAAGUCCUCCAACUCUUGAUUCGUUUUAUGUAAAUGUGAAUCUUGAAAUACUGACUUUUAUCUUUAAUGAAGCAGUAGACAGUAAUACCUUGAAUGUGACUGGAAUCACUGUACAAAAUGCCCAUAGGUCGGAUAUUAGGCUCACUUUGACUGGAGGAAACACUACAAGUCAAAACGGUGUACAGAUCAUUGUUAACUUGUCUCGGAAAGAUCUGAACGAAAUAAAGCGUUUAGAGUCAUUGUAUGUCAAUCAAAGCACAUCGUACUUGACAAUUGAAUCCAAGCUAAUCAGAGACAUGAAUGGUAACUCUGUUGUGGCCAUUCAGAAUGGAAAUGCUCAGUUAGCAUCAAUUUUUGUAAACGACAGUACUCGACCAUCACUACGUACAUUUGAUCUCGACAUGGACACUGGGCUACUAACUCUUUAUUUCUGGGAGACAAUGGAUGCCUCAUCAGUUGUAUUUUCAGGAAUUACUCUCCAGCAAGAUUUAAAUACAACUGUUAGACACACUUUGACUGGUGGCAAUGUCAUAAAUACAAAAGAUUCCACGGAAGUAAAUAUUACUUUGUCUUUGGAUGAUUUGAAUGUGAUCAAGUCUUCGAAGAUUGCUGAGAUGCAGUCGAGUGCUUGGCUUACCGUAGAUUCGACUGCUAUCCAAGAUAUGAACGGCCAAUCAGUAUCACCUCGUAAGAAUGGAGUGGAUUCUGCUUCUGCGGGUCGUUAUGUCCCAGACACAACUGCUCCAGAGUUGCAGCACUUUAAUAUGUCAAUGGACGCUGGCUCUUUAACAUUGCAUUUUUCUGAGACAGUUAAUGGUCUAACUCUUAAUGUUUCUGGUAUUACUCUGCAGGGAGAAGCAGACACAAUUGACAGUUACAUAAUUCAUGUUCUUGGCAGUCUAGACAGCAGUACAGGAACAGAGUCAAUGUAUUCACCAGACAUAGUCGUCUCCGUGGCUCUCUUUGACUUGAAUGAAAUCAAACGAUUGUUGUCACUUGCUACAGCUGUAAACAAUACAUUUUUGUCUUUGCAUGACUUUGCCAUUUCUGAUAUGAAAGGAAACCGUGCAGUCAGUAUACCUCAGAUGCAUGCCCUUCAAGUGAGUUACUUCUUUGAAGAUCAAACAGCACCUGAGUUGGAGAACUUUGAGCUUGACAUGAACAAAGGAUUGUUGAUCCUAGAGUUUUCUGAAACAGUUGAUCCAGGCACAUUAGAUAUGACGGGUUUCCAGUUGCAAAGCCAUAGUGUAUUGCUUAGUAAUGCAACCGUGUUUACAUUUUCUGGAGGUAUUGUGUUAUACGGAGACCAUCCUGGUGUUACAGUGGAGGUGAACAUUACAGAUCCUGAUUUGAAUGAAAUCAAGCGUCUAACGGGUGUUGCAACAAGUGCCACCAACACCUGGUUGUCGUGGACAUCUAAAGCUGUGCAGGAUGUCAAUCAUAACUGGGUUGUAUCACGCAACAGUUCGUUUGCUUUGCAAGUGAAAUUGUUGAGUGAAGACAAAACUUCCCCCACUGUAGAAUUUUUUGAUCUUAAUCUGACUCAGGAGUUGUUGACUUUGUCAUUUUCUGAAACAGUAAAUGCUUCAUCAUUUGAUGCAUCUAAAAUUACUGUGCAAGAUUCACAAACUGCUUCAGUGGUUGUACAACUGACAGGAGGGAAGCUUCUCUCAACUGAUGGAACAACAUUGACUUUGCUGCUCACGAAACUGGAUUUGAAUAGUUUGAAGAAGUUUACUAAUCUCUCUGUCUCUAAUCAAACGUCAUACAUUGUGGUCACUGAAGACUUGGUUCGUGACAUGAACUCUAAUCCUGUCAUUACCAUUGUUGAUGGCUCUGCUCAGCGAGUGAGGCAAUUUACAGAAGAUCUCAUUCCACCUAGACUUCUUUCAUUUGAUUUAGACAUGAAUGCUGCAACACUGACGUUGGUAUUUACUGAGACAAUCAACACCAGCUCUAUUCAAGUCGAUGAGAUCUUUAUUAGACCAAGUGUCUUGUCUCCAGACUUCUUGAGUCAUAGGUUACAGAUCCAUUCUUCUAGGUCUUCAUCACCAGACUGGUUUGGGAUAACUAUUAAUUUGGGAGAUGAUGAUAUGAACACUUUGAAGAAACUGGUACAUCUUGCAAUAGACAAUAGCAGCACAUUUAUCAGCUUGUCAAACAAAUCUGUGUCAGAUAUGAAUGCAAAUUCAGUGGAUCUUGUCUCUGCAGAUCAUGCUGUAAGAGUAACUCAUUUCACACCAGAUACAACCAACCCAUUGCUGGUUUCUUUUGAUCUUGAUGUGAAUUUUGGAAAUUUGACGUUAUUGUUUACAGAAACAGUUAAUGUUUCCACACUUCAUUUUACGUUCAUCACCUUGCAGAACACACAAGAUGUAUCUCAGUCAACUGAGGUUGUAAAAUUGACAGGAGGUCAACAGGUUACGUUGGAUAAUGACUUGAUGAUACAAUUUAAUUUAUCUACUGAUGAUUUGAAUUUGCUGAAGAAACUGACUGACUUGGGAACAUCAGACAAUAAUACGUUUGUAUCAGUAUUGGAAGGAACAGUCUUGGAUAUGAACAGAAAUAAUCUGACUGCCAUUGUUGGUUCAUUGGGUAGACAAGUUCGAUCUUUGGUUAAUGAUACGACUCCACCACAGUUGGUAGAUUUUGACGUUAAUCUUAACUCCGGCCAGCUUAUUUUCACUUUCUCAGAGACUGCUGAAACAGAUUCUCUGAAUGUGUCGGCAUUAACACUUCAAAGUGAAAGAAUUGUAUCAAACACAUCAGAAUGGCUUACUCUUUCAGGAGGUCUGCAAUCAGUUGAUGACUCUACUGUUAUCACCCUGGACUUGUCUGUCAAUGAUCUAAAUACUUUGAAAAGACUGCGUAACCUUGCCUCUCACCCAAGUGGUAAUAACACAUAUUUGCAUUUCAGCAGCAAUUUUAUAACAGAUAUGCGGUCAAAUUUGAUUGUUCCUAUUGCUAACAUAGCAGGAAAGAAAGUGUACUCUUUCAUUGAAGAUCAGACGUCACCCACUUUGGAUGCAUUUGAACUUGAUUUAGACUCAGGCAAUUUGACAAUGACAUUCUCAGAAACCGUUGAUUCCUUGACCUUUAUCAGCAGUGAAAUGACAUUGCAGAGCUCUUUUGAACGAUCUAACUUCAGCAGUCUACAAUACCAUACGAUACUAAAUGGUACUUUAUUGACAGGUGAUGGGACAGUGCUUGUCAUGAACAUUGGCUUUGAUGAUUUCAAUCGGAUCAAGCAACUGACAAGUUUAGCUGUUUCAAAUUUCUCCUCGUAUUUGGCAAUAACGAUUGCGACAAUCAGAGAUAUGAAUUCUAAUCAAGUUGUAAAGAUCUCUUCAAAUGCGGGUCUGCAGGUCACAAAGUUUAUACCAGAUAUGACCUCACCAGAGCUGGUGUCAUAUAAUUUGGACAUGGACAAUGGCGAGUUCAAUGUCACGUUUACUGAAACAGUAAAUGCUUCUACAUUUGAUAUCACAAGAGUUGUUUUCCAAAAUGCUGCCUCAAAUGCAACUGAAAGCUAUAAACUUACUGCUGGUACUGUCGUUAUUGGAGAUCUGCCUGGUACUGUCACAAUUGCUGUAAAAAUCGGUAAUGAGGAUCUAAAUGAGCUCAAACGUUUUGAGAAUCUGACAACUGUACAUCGUGACAGCUACCUCACAUUUGACCAAUAUCUUGUGGCAGACAUGAAUGGAAACCGUGUGAUAUCUAUUAAUGCAAGUAAAGCAGUGCAAGUACUUGAAUUCACUAUGGAUAUAACUCAACCAGUUCUGCUGUCAUUUGAUAUAAAUUUGACAAGUGAAAUUUUGACGCUGUCAUUUUCAGAGACAGUUGACAUCUCAUCAUAUAUUCUAACAGAAUUUGUUCUGCAAGACAAUUCACUAGGAGUUUAUAGUCGCCGUCUAAUAGGUGGAGACAUUCUUUCUCAAGAUGGUCCAGUUGUUGAUGUGAAACUAACAACCAGUGAUCUCGAUUACAUUAAGAGUGUACCUGGGCUUGUAACACAUAUGAACAAUACCUUCAUUUCUUUCAGUAUGAAUGCCUUGAAAGACAUGAAUGGAAACAAUGUUGUACCUAGAUUGAACGGAAGUGCACUACAAGUCAGGAAUUUAGUUCCUGAUGGAGUUCAACCAUUGUUUGUGGGAUUUAAUCUUGACAUGAAUGCAGCCAAACUUGAAAUGACUUUCUCAGAAACUGUUAAUGUUUCAUCACUGAAUGUUGCUGAGAUAGUUAUUCAGUCAUCACGUAGUAAUGCACUGACAGAAAGACAACGCUUGACAGCUGGAAGCUCUGAAUUCGACAGUAAGUCUUACAGUCCUGAUUGGCCUGUGAUAGUUAUUAGUAUUGGCCAUGAUGACAUGAACUCAUUGAAGAAAUUGACAAGGUUGGCCAUAUCAAAUGAGACAACAUUUGUAUCAUUGACUGAGAUGACCAUUGAUGAUAUGAACGGUAAUGCUGUUGUAGCUGUGAAUGGAAGCAAUGCAACACAAGUAUCAGUAUUUGUUUCCGAUACAACUGUGCCACGUAUUGUGACUUACAACAUUAGCAUGGAUGCAGGUACAUUGACAUUUUCUUUCACAGAGACAGUGAAUGUUAGCUCAUUGGAUGUGUCAACUAUUACAUUGCAAGAGUCUGUAUCAUCUCCUACAACAAUGAUAACACUGACUGGUGGUAAAAUUCUAACUGCUGAAAAUGGGCUAAUCCUUGCCUUACAGCUGGAUAUCAAUGACCUCGAUCAACUAAAGUUCUUUACCAAUUUGGCAACCAAAAGGGAGAACACUUACCUUUCUGUUGCUGAAGGAGCUUUGUUGGAUAUGGCUGGAAAUGAUCUAGCUGCUAUCAACGUUUCUGCUGCUUUAGUUGUAAGUCAUUUUGAAGAAGACAGGACACCUCCACGUUUGGUACAGUUUGAUGUUGACAUGGAUUCAGGAAUGAUUACAUUUUCUUAUUCAGAAACUGUGAAUGCUUCUAGUCUCGUUCUGACAGAAUUGAUUCUGCAAAAUAACAAGACGGGAGAUUAUAACAGUACUUAUAGACUAACUGGAGGAGACGGUUCACUUGUUGAUUCAACCAUCAUUACUGUCAAUGUCAGUUUUGAAGAUUUGAACAACAUCAAGAAGCUAAGAGGACUAGCCAGCUCUGAGAAUGGUUCUAAUACAUGGUUAUCAUUCAGCCACUUAGCUCUAAAUGACAUGAACAACAACAGCAUUAUUUCAAUACCAGAUGGUCAGGCUGAGAUGGUGACUUUAUUUAUUGAGGAUACUACCCAGCCACAUCUGCUUUCUUAUGACAUUGACUUGACAAGAGAAAUUCUUGCUCUGACAUUUUCAGAAACAGUUGAUGCCACAAGAACAUUUAAUGUCACUCAGCUUACAUUUCAACAGUUGUCUAAUCGAUCUGACACUAGAGAAUACCAUCAGUUGACUGAAUACGAACUUCUAACCUUAGAUGACAGAAUUGUGAAGAUUUCCUUGCAGCCACAUGACCUGAACAAGAUAAAGCAAAUGAGCAAUCUUUUGACAGAAAACCGAACUACAUUUCUUGCAGCCACGCCUACCACAGUUUUUGAUAUGAAUGGAAACAAUCUUGUAGACGUUAGUUUUGCAGAUGCAAUGCUCGUUUCCUUAUAUAUUCCUGACAAAGUUGAGCCACAGUUGCUGUCAUUCAUUCUUGACAUGGACAAGGCACUGCUCAAUCUUACAUUUGAUGAAACCGUGAAUGUUAGUUCUCUUGAUGUAUCUCAGCUGUGGCUUCAGAGUAGCUCUAAUCGCAGUGAAUCAUCACAAAGGCAUCGGCUGCAGGCAGGUGCUCCCCCCAUGAGGACUUACACGAAUGGUCUUGACUGGACACUGGUGGUUGUUUUUCUUGGUUCUACUGAUCUGAAUGAGAUAAAGCGAUUAGAUAUGCUGUCAACGAAUCUUUCCAACACGUUUCUGUUUAUGUCUGAUAGAGCAGUUAAAGACAUGAAUGACAACUCAGUCAUUGAGAUAGUGUCAUCUAACGCACAGCAAGCAGUUGAUUUUGUUGCAGAUGUAACUUCUCCUCUGCUGCAAUCAUUUGAUUUGGAUCUCACCAAAGAAGAAUUGACUCUUUAUUUCAGUGAAACUGUGGAUGCUAGCAGCUUGGACUUAACACAAAUCAGACUGCAAAAUGCUAUUUCACCAUCCAAAUGGCAGAAUCUAACUGGUGGUCAGGUUUUGUCGAAUGAUAGCACUGUGGUGGUAUCAAAACUGUCUAAGGAUGAUCUCAAUUACAUUAAAAAAUUUACUAAUUUUGGGACAUCACCAGAGAACACGUUUUUGGAAAUGACAGAUUUAGCCAUUAAAGACAUGGUUGGAAACAGUGUAAUAUCUGUUGGACUUGGUGAGGCUCUGAAUGUUUCUGUGUUUGUACAAGAUAUAGUUCAUCCAAAGUUGAUGUCAUUUGAUAUUGACAUGGAUGAAGGAUUGCUGACACUUGUUUUUAGUGAGACAGUUAAUGUGAGCUCUUUGGAUGUCAGUCAGAUGACAUUACGAAGUUCUACUGAAGACUUUGGAUCAUAUCAUUCAUUAACAGCAGGGCCUAGUCCACGUGGAACCUACAGUAACACAUCUGAUGAUACAACAGUGAUUGUUUAUCUUAGUAGUGGUGACUUGAAUAGAAUUAAGUUUUUUACUGACCUUUGUCAAGAUAAGUUAGGCUGUCUCUUGGCGAUAACCCAGUCCGGCGUUUAUGACAUGAACAGAAAUCGUAUUGAACCUGUGCAAGAUGAUCAAGCAAUUUCGGUAUCUGAUUAUACUGCUGAUGUAACAGGACCAUAUCUGCUAUCUUUCAGUUUGAAUUUAACAAGUGAAAUUCUUACUCUUACAUUUGAUGAGACUGUCAACUUUAGUUCCUACAAACCAGCCUUAUUUACUGUUCAGAAUCAAACAACCUUGGGAUCAUCAGUAACAUUGACAGGUGGAAAACCAUUUGGCGAGAAUUCACAUAUUAUGAUGAUUGAGAUGACUUUGGUUGAUUUAAAUGAGAUCAAACUGAAAACAAAUUUGGCAACAAUGACAAUAAACACACACUUGCAGAUGGCUAAUGGUGGCAUUAAAGAUCUCAGUCCUGAGCCAAAGAACAGUCACUAUGCUAUGCUGUCCAAACCAGAGUUCUUUCCUGACACUGUUCGACCAGAGAUAAGAAGUUUUCGAGCUGACAUUAAUCUUGGGACGUUGACCUUGAUGUUUAGUGAGGUAGUUGACACAAGCACUUUUAAUCCCUCUGCAAUCACACUGCAGAAUUACUUGAAUGGCAGUACUAAUUACACUCUUAUUACUAGCUCAACACAAAGUGUAAAUGGAGACGAGCUAAUUAUAGAUCUGUCUCCUGAUGACUUGAAUGAGAUUAAGAGACUUGAUGAUUUAUAUGUCAAUUUGGAGUCAACCUACAUUACUGUCACAAAAUUACUGCUACGAGACAUGAACGAUAAUCCUGUUGUGGCUAUUCCUGAUGGAGCUGCAAUGCAGGCAAUAUCCUUCGUGAAUGACACUACACGUCCGUAUCUUCGUCGCUUUGAUCUGGACAUGGACACCGGACACUUGACUCUUUACUUUCUUGAGACAAUUGAUAUUUCAUCUGUCAACUAUCGCUGCCUUGCUCUACAGACAAUGUUCAACUACUCAACUGUGUACAGUCUGACAGAUGGUAGUCUUACAAGGCCAUUGUUGAUGUCUGUUAGCAGUGGUAGUGUCAGUGGUAGUGGCAGUGGAUCUGAAGUAGGAAUUGAUUAUGGGCUGCCAGCCAUUUGGGAUGGUAUUAAUGUCAUAGUCAAUUUUACGUUGGAUGAUCUAAAUAAACUGAAAGAACUCCAGAUUGCUGGAACGCCAUCAACAAGUUGGCUUACCAUGUUUCGUUGCGCUUUUCAUGACAUGAACAGACAACCUGUUUUGCCUCGUCUUGCUGCCAUCAAUGCCACCAAAGUGUCAUUGUACACCCCUGACACAACCAGUCCACGUUUGCAACAAUUUGAUGUUGACUUGAAUGCUGGCACUCUGACUAUGAGAUUUUCAGAAACAGUGAAUGCAUUGAAACUGAAUGCUGCAGAAAUAACACUACAAAACCUUUCCAAUGGAACAGAAAAGGUUGUUGCCACUCACACAUUCAGUGGAGAAACAGUAACUAACAGUGGUUUUGUUACUGAAGUUGUCAUCAACAUUGCAGCUUCUGAUCUAAAUGAAAUCAAGCGGUUAUCAAGCCUUGCUGUCUCUAAAUCAUCCACAUUUUUGUCUCUAACAGCUGACACCAUUGUGGACAUGAAAGACAAUAAAGUUGUUCCAAUAAACAGGUUUAAUGCACUGCCAGUCACACAGCAUAAGAGUGACGUUACGUCACCUACAGUGACCAAGUUCAACAUGGACGUUGAUGAAGGCUUGUUCACUUUGUUCUUUGAUGAGACUGUGAAUGCUAGUUCUCUCAAUUUAACUGACAUUGUGUUCCACGAGUUUGAAGAAGUCAUCAAUGUUACUGUUCGUUAUCGUUUGACAGACGGUGAGGUUUUGUCUAAUGAUUCAACAAUUAUUACUGUCAAGUUGUCACGUAAUGAUUUGAAUGAAAUUAAGAAACGAACAUUACUAGUAAUCAAUAAGGCAACAACCAACAUUGCUUUCACAACGUUUCUUGCUCGUGACAUGAAUAACAACAUGGUGAAUGGUGUGCAAAGCAAUACUGCUUUACGUGUGACCACAUUCACAAGAGACAGAACUGCUCCAGUUAUAGAAAGUUUUGAACUAGAUUUGCAUCUUGGAAUUCUUAGUCUUCAUUUUUCUGAGACAGUGCAAGUGUCUACACUCAAUAUCGAACAAUUGACAAUUCAGAAUGGAACUUGGGCUGGCAGACUUCGCCAACUGACAUCUCAUAUAUCAGAUGAGUUGACAAAUGAGCCUAGUGUCCACCUAGUGUUGUCUGAUGAUGAUUUGAAUUACAUGAAAAUGUAUCGUGACUUAGCUACCAAUGUCUCCAACACAUAUGUCACGGUGACACGGUUGUUCAUACAAGACAUGCCUGGAAAUAGAAUUUCAGCUAUAGCAGAUGGAGAUGGGUUGAAAGCAGAAUUGUUCACACCAGAUAUGGUACGGCCAUAUUUGGUAUCAUUUGACAUUGAUUUGACGCACGAAGUUCUUUUACUGACAUUUGAUGAAACUAUGGACUAUGAGACCAUUGAUGUAACUGAAAUAUCUCUGCAGCAUGAGAAAGUUAGAUCAUUAAGUACAAGCUACUACAACUUGACAGGAGGCAGUGUAUCAACAGACUACGACACGAAAAUAGAGAUCAAACUGUCAACACAUGAUGUAGAUAUGAUCAAAGAGAAGCUAAUGCUGGCAACUUCCGAAUCUAACACUUUUCUUGCUCUUUCUUUGAAUGCAGCAAAGGACAUGAAUGGUAACAGAAUAGUUCCAGUUAAUUUUAGCAAUGCUCUUCAAGUGAAUACGUAUGUGCAGGACUCAAUGCCACCAGAAUUUUAUAGCUUCUCUCUUGACCUAGAUUCUAGCCUUCUCAUUUUGAACUUUACCGAAAGCGUUAGUGCCCUCUCUUUGCAACUAAAUCAGCUGCGUCUUCAGAACAGAAAUUCUAGUCCAUCAUCUUCUUUGUGGCUAAUAAAUGGUAAAAUAUCAAAGCGAAACUACACAACAAUUGAGGUAACUCUAAGUCUUGAAGACUUGAAUAACAUCAAGCGAGAGGCCAAUCUGGGUCGUGACAUAGCAGACACUUUUCUGUCUGUGACAUCAAGGGCAGUUUCUGAUGUGAGUGGGAAUGCUGUGGUUGCUAUUCCUUUCUCUUCUGCUCUUCAGGCAACUGCUGUGUAUGUAGAUACAUCACAGCCUGUUCUCCAGUGGUUUGACUUGGACUUGAAUAAAGGAAAAUUUACUCUCUAUUUCUCAGAGACUGUCAAUGUGAGUUCUUUGGAUCCAGCAUUACUGACAUUUCAAUCAGUUGCUAAUCAAAGCACACUUACACUCAAUGUUUCUGAUUUUUACAUUCACCAACUAGCAGGUGGUGUGGUUAAUCAGCCAGAUGAUCCUUUGGUAUUAGUGACAUUUCUCACUGAUGACUUCAAUAUGAUCAAGAAGAAGGGAUUGUGUCGUGGUGAGAAUACUACCUACUUGUCUUUUCCUCAAACUACCGUUUAUGAUAUGAGUGGCCAUCCUGUUGUCGCAUUGUCAUCUCAAAGUGCCCGACGUGUGAGAAAAUAUGUAGCAGACAGAACAGCUCCACGGUUGGUACAGUUCCUAACAAUGGAUCUAAACACUGGACAAUUUGUGAUAGAAUUUGAUGAAACAGUGGCUGUGAGCACCUUCAAUUUUACUGGCAUCAUUGUGCAAAGUUUUCUUCGUAACCCACAGAAAAUAUACCAGCUUACAGGUGGCACCUCAUUUAGUGACAAUGGAACAAUAAUUGAGAUCCUUAUGAAUAGCAUAGAUUUGAAUGCUGUAAAGCAAGAUGAUCGUGUUUGCUCAAAUGUGAACAACUGUUGGAUGACUCUGCUGGAAGGUUCGGUGUUGGACAUGAAUGGAAACCAGGUAGUGGCGCUGUCAGAUGGAUCUGGUAUAGAUGCGUUACAGUUUAUCGAUGAUUCUAGAUCACCGUCCUUGUUGGGUUUCUCAAUUGACAUGGACAGUGGAAUUCUCACUGUUACUUUUGAUGAACCCAUUCGUGCAUCAUCAAUUACCCCAACUGCGUUUACUGUACAAGGUUUGGCAAAUGCUACAGAGUCACUUACACUCACAUCUGGGCACACCUUGAGCAACGAUGGUCUUGUUAUAGAGCUCUAUCUAUCUCAAGAUGAUUUAAGUCAACUGAAGUCUCAUGAAUUUGCUUUGAAUGAACAAGAUACAUUCUUAAGAGUUACCAGCAGUGGCGCAACUGAUAUGACAGUUAGACAACCAAAUCCGUUGAAUGAAAUACCCAACGGUGCUGCCAUCCAAGUGACACCUGGUGGAUAUGUUGGUGACACUACCAGACCUGAAAUUACUGAUUUUAGUCUUGAUCUUAGUACCAAAACUUUACAUCUAACAUUUAAUGAGCCAAUCAGACCAAGCACCUUUGAUGCCAAACAGUUGACAAUCCAGUCAUUAUCGACAAUCGGAGAUCGCAACGUUUCGCUGUCUGGAGGAUUUGUGCAAUCCCCAGAUGGUGUAACAGCAUUUACAAUCCUUUUGAAUGAACCCGAUCUCAUCGCUUUGAAAUUAGACAUGGAUUUAGCAACACAUUCAAUGAAUACCUUUAUAUCGUUUACAGCUAGUAUGAUAACUGACAUGGCAGACAACUAUUGUAUUCCUGUUUCUAUUCACUCAGCAAUGCCACUGUGUUCCAGCUGCUUUAUAGCAGACAGCAGGAGCCCUCAAGUGUCAUCGUUUUCUCUUGAUAUGAAUACAGCAGAACUGAUAAUCACAUUUAAUGAUGUGAUGACGUCACACCACUUUGAUAGCACUGGAGUUUUUCUUCAAGAUUCAUCGACUUCAACAACUCGUGUUCAGCUCAUGCAAACUAGUGUGACCCACAGUUUACCUGGCUUUGUCAUUGUUGUCAACAUAGGCAUGGAAGACAUGAACCAGUUGAAGCUUGACACUCGUCUUACUACUAAUAGAAGCAAUACCUACUUGGCUAUCAGAGCAGCAACAGUACGAGAUGUGUAUGGAAACGAUUUAGUUGCAAUUACAAACGGCAAUGGACUGCAGGCCGAGUUAUUUAUUUCUGACACAACAGCUCCUGUGCUUGAUUCAUUUAAUUUAGACGUAGAUGGCGGUGUAUUGACUUUGCUUUUCUCAGAAACUGUUAAUGUCAAUUCUCUAAAUAUUUCAUCUUUUGUGCUACAAAGCAGUAGCAACUACAUGACGAGUGUCAACUUUAGACUGACAUCAGACAGUUACACUGAGAAUGAUAAUAGUUCAAGAGUUGUCAUAAUACUUGGUCAGAAUGACUUGAACAGGAUUAAACGUUUUGAAUCACUUGCGAUAUCUACAAACAGCACGUUUAUUAGUUAUGACAGCAGCGCUGUGAAAGAUAUGGUUGACGUUUCAGUUGUUGCUGUAAGCAGAAACAUGCCUCGUCAAGUAACGUUGUACACACCAGACACAUCACCACCUCAGUUGACAAACUUCAGUCUAACCAUGUCAUCUGGUGUCUUGUAUCUUACUUUUUCGGAAACAGUCAAUGCUACCUCACUUGAUGUUGAUGGAAUUUAUGUGCAAAAUUCAUCAUAUGAAGGACUGGCCAGACAUCUUCAUUCUGUUAGUGGUACGUACACGCGUAGUGAGUCUGGUACUGUACUUGAGGUCUAUAUCGGACGUGAUGACUUGAAUGAAUUAAAGAGAUUACUCUCUCUGGCCGUUUCAAAGGAGACAACAUUUGUCUGGGUAAAGUCAUCAGUUGUUCGUGACAUGGCAGGCAAUAGCUUACGUGCAAUUUCAGAUCGGGCAGCUGUUAAGGUGUCUCACUUUACACCAGACACUACACGUCCAUUCCUUCUUUCGUUUGAUCUUGAUUUGAAUUUGGAUUACCCCGAGCUGCAUUUGACAUUUGAUGAAACUGUUCGAAGUUCAACUCUUCAGGUAUCUGAGAUUAUGCUCCAGUCGUUGUCCAUUGGUGUCAGUGUCAACUUGACAUUAACACCUGGUAGCUUGCCUCUUCAAACGACAACACUAUCAAGUGAUUCAGCAAUCAUUGUUGUUUCAUUAGGAGAAACAGACAGCAACGAACUGAAACGUCUUGUUGAAUUGGGUACCGGUGCAAAUAACACAUUUUUGUCAUUUACUAGUGACACAAUUGAGGACAUGAAUGAUAAUGCUGUUCAACCAAUAAGCAGCAGUUUUGCUGUCCAUGUAUCAAAGUUUGUGUCAGAUUCCGUUGAACCAGUUCUGCGAAGAGUUGAGUUGGAUAUGAAUAAUGGAGUUUUGAGAAUGACAUUUUCUGAGACUAUUGAUGUAAACUUUGUAAGGCCAGAAAGGAUCUUACUUGAGAGUAACAUGUAUGCUGAUAUCAACUACAAACUGACUGGUGGGAGAACAUCACCAGAUGACUCAACAGUUGUGUCUGUGUAUCUAGAAGCGACUGAUCUGAAUGAAAUUAAACGACUGGUUGGUCUUGGUGAGUCACAAGACACAAGUUAUGUACGCUUAUUAAAUGAUACCGUAAAGGAUAUGAAUGGAAAUGGGAACAGUUUAAUUCCUGUUGGGUCAUCUUUGAGAGUAGAAUCUUUCACGAUUGAUGCAACACCACCACAGCUCCUAACUUUCAUCUUAGACAUGGACAGUGCAAACUUAUUUCUCACUUUUGAUGAGACUGUCAAAGUAGACUCGUUGAAUGUUAGUGAAAUAACAAUCCAGUCAUCUGCAUUUGAGCUGUCUGAAUCACUCAGGUCACUGACUGAAGGCAGUAGCAGUGACAGUUUGGACAGUACUGUGGUCAAUGUCAUGCUUGGAAUUAAUGAUUUGAAUGAAAUAAAAAAGAUAGAAGCUUUAGCAACAACCGGAGACAACACUUUUCUUGUGAUGUCUCAGUUUGCUGUUACAGACAUGGCAUCGAAUCAGGUGACUAAGAUCAGCAAUAGAAAUGGGACACAGGUGAGCAGGUAUAUUCCCGAUACAACCGCAGCUGUACCGCAAGGGUUUGAAUUGGAUAUGGAUCGAGGUGUACUGACAGUAACAUUUGAUGAGACUGUUAAUGUGACUAGCAUAAGGCAUAUGAAAUUGGUGCUACAAUCGUUGCAGUCAGUAAUGCCAUUUGCUAUUCAUGAGAAUGACUUGAACGAUAUCAAACUGCUAACUGGGCUUGCUACAAUGAUGAACAACACAUUCUUCACUCUUGAAUAUGGAGCUAUAAGGGACAUGGCUAAUGUUGCUAGUCCAUCACUGUCAACAAUUCUUCAUGUUUCACAUUUUAUUGAAGACAUAACUAGGCCAAGGUUGCAGAGAUUCUCUGUUGAUAUGAAUGCUGAUACUAUGACACUGACGUUCAGUGAAGCAAUGGAUUCUAGUACCCUUGAUGUAUCAGGAAUUGUUUUUCAGAAUGCUGAACGUUCUAGAACUGGAGUACAGCUUACAGACAGCACGACCAGAAGCUCAAAUGGCUUGGAACUUACCAUCCUGUUGUCAAGAAGAGAUAGAGAUGAGAUCAAACGCAUUGAUUCACUCCUAAUUAACAUUGAAACUUCUUACAUUGUUAUUGCGUCUAGUACCUUGCAGGAUAUGAAUGGCAACAGUGUCACACCAAGAAUAAAUGGAUUUGCUCUUAAAGCUUCUACAUUCAUUGCUGAUGAGUCAAUUCCGUAUUUGGAGUAUUAUGACUUGGACAUGGACAAUGGGCUGGUCACAUUUUAUUUCUCAGAGACUGUUAAUGUGUCAUCUCUUCAAUGUUCACAAAUCACAUUUGCAUUAGACUACAACUGUUCAGUGAGAUAUUCACUGACUGGCUGUGAUGUUGAUGUUUUCAAUAUAUCAUUUGUUAGUGAAGAUAUUGGAACUUCAGGCAGUGGCAGUGGAGACUAUGGCAGUGCAACAAAGUGGUCAACACCUUUCCAUUAUAAUUCAGUUGUGCGUAUGUGGCUGCUUCACAAUGAUCACAACAAGCUCAAAGAAUUGGAAAUUGCAAAAUCAAAGCCGACAUCUUGGCUUGCAUUUGAUUCAAAUACAGUGUUUGACAACAAUGGUCUUGGUGUAAGUAGUGCAAUGUGUGGUGUAUCAACACGCCUCGUAGAGAAUUACACAGCUGACACAACAAGUCCUGAGGUACGGUCUUUCAAUCUGUCAAUGGAUUUGGGGCUGUUGACCAUCCUUUUCAGUGAGACUGUUAAUGUUUUGGACACUUUAGAUGUGAAAAUGAUUACAAUCCAGGAUGCUGCAAUGAUAGGAGGAUCUACAAGUUACCACAAACUUGAUCGAGAUCCUCUCACGACUUCUCUGGACAUCUAUACACCCACAGUAACAAUUCUCAUCAAAGAUGAUGACUUAAAUGAAAUAAAGAGAAAGUUUGAGGUGGCUACCAGUGUUAAUACAACGUGGUUGUCUUUAACAUCAAGAGCUGUUUCUGACAUGAAAGGUAAUGCUGUUGUUCCUGUUAGCAAUAUGUCUGCUGAACAAGUGGCUUUCUUUUUUGAGGAUGUAACUGAUCCUCAGAUGGUGGAAUUUGAUUUUGACUUGAACACUGGCAUUCUUACAUUAUUGUUUUCAGAGACUGUAAACAUAUCAACAUUUAAACCUACAGAGAUUCAGCUGCACAAUGAGACUGCUCUUAUGCCAAGAAUAUCUUUUCAGCUAAGAGGAGGAGGCUUCAGUGUGGCUGACCCAACUGUGGUUGUUGUGAAUUUGACUGAUGAUGAUGUCAACAAGAUUAAACAAUACUCAACGUUGGCUACUCAGGAGAACAAUACGUUCUUGUCACACGGCAUCUUUAUGGUGGAAGACAUGAAUCAAAAUUUGGUUCGACCAGUUUUAGUAAAUAGGUCACUGCCUGUAAGUUUGUUCACAAAAGAUGUCACCAAACCUCGUCUUAUUUCUUUCGAAUUAAAUCUGACAUCUGAAGUGAUCAUACUAGAAUUUUCUGAAACUGUUCGAAUUCCACUGAACGAGACAGCCAUUACUUUGCAGGAUAACAGCACAGCUAACACAAAAAGGACUUUGACAGGAGGACAAACUGUUAGUCCAGAUGAUGUAUAUGUUGAGUUUCUACUUGAUGACGCUGACUUGAACUACAUAAAGGGUCUCAGAAGCUUAGCCACAUCAAAGUGGAACACUUUUAUCUCUCUCACGUCUUUUGCAAUUUCGGAUAUGGCUGGAAAUGCAGUUGUUCCAGUUACUGAUGGUCGAGCUAACGUAGUGAAUGUAUUUACAGCAGAUCAAAUUAGACCUCAGCUUAUUAAUUUUGAUCUUAAUGUGAACCUGGAAACGCUUACUUUACAUUUUACUGAGACAGUGUCUGUGGAGUCUCUGAAUGUAAGCCAAAUCAAAAUACAAGCUGCAGGGAUUGUGACCUUGUUGAGUAGCAUCGUCUUGAGUGAUGCUACAUCUCCAAAUGGUAGCUUUUCACCAAGUGAAGAUGGCACAAGUAUUGUGAUUAAUUUUGGGUUCAGUGACAUCAAUUCCUUGAAGAAAAUGCGACAUUUAGCAGUUUCCAGGAACACGACUUUCCUGAGUUUCACAGAUAGAGCAAUUGUUGACAUGAACAACAACAUGGUGGUUGCUAUUAGAGAGGAUAGUGCUAUUAGAGUACAGAAUUUUACAAAAGAUGUGACUUUUCCAACACUGGUUGGUUUUGAUUUGGAUAUGGACACAGGCACUCUAACACUAGAAUUCUCUGAAACAGUUGACGCUUUGAGUCUCAACUUGAGUUCUGUUGCUUUACUAGGUAGUGCUAUUGGAGUGCCUGAACUCUACUUGUCUACAACCAGUGGGACUGUCAGAAUCGUUGACUCAUACAUUCUCUUUGUUGAGCUCUCAACAGAAUUUCUAAACGAAAUGAAGCGCCUGACUAACGUGGCCACAUCAGCAAAAGAUACUUUUAUUGCCAUUGAGACAGGAGGAGUUCUUGAUAUGGCAGGAAAUGAAGUUGUUGAGAUACCCACUGUUGCAGGUAAGAAGGUACGUUCCUACACCAAUGACUCAACUCGCCCCAUUCUGCUUGACUUCUAUUUUGAUAUUGAUGCUGGCCAGUUGACUCUCCAGUUUGAUGAAACUGUUAAUGUUUCGUCUUUAAUGCAGACAUCACUGACUUUUCUAAAUAGCAGUUCUCUCAACACGAGCGGUUCAAAUUAUUUUACUAUUACUGGCGGGGAUGUUCAGACUGUUGACUCUACACUAGUGAAGAUCAACUUGACACACGAUGAUCUGAAUGAAAUCAAGAAACUGCGACACUUGGCGACAUCAAGUGCAGACACCUAUCUAUUGCUUAACUCAUCAGCAGUACAAGACAUGAAUGGAAACUGGGUAGUUACUGUGACAGAUGGUGAUGCUAAGAGGGUUGAACAGUUUACUAAUGACACAACAAUGCCAGUUAUUACAGCAUUUAGUUUAGAUGUGGACGAAGGACAGUUAGAAGUCACUUUUUCUGAAACUGUAGAUUCAACUACUUUAAUGAUCAAUGGGCAGCUGUCAUUACAGAAUGUCUCUGUCACUGUAUUGGGCAAUAGCUCUGUGCACUACGGUGAUCAUACAUUAGUGGAAAGCCUGUCAUACAGUGAAGAUGGUACAGUUAUUGUGAUUGACUUGAGUGAAAAAGAUCUCAAUAUGAUCAAAUUUAGCACACAACUUGCCACUGAGCCGAACAACACAUUCUUGUCUGUGUCCAGUUUGUUUAUAUAUGACAUGAGAGGAAACAAGCUUCAGCCACUGCUUGACACUGCACUGCAAAUCCAACCAACAGCUUUCAAUGGAGAUGAAACCGAACCUGAACUAGUUAGCUAUGAUCUUGACAUGGACAGCGGUGAGGUGCAUAUAACAUUUACUGAGACUGUACAAGAGGUACAGCCAUCAUCUCUAACUUUUCAAAAUCAAGUUUUAGUGGCUAAUGGCUCAACGACUCAGUUUACUCUUUCUGGUGGAAAUGUGUUUGGCUCUGCUUUGGAAACUGGUCAUCCUCCAAUAGUGACAGUUCAGUUGACAAUCUUUGACCUGAAUGAGCUAAAAAGGCUUUCUGAUCUGGCUGAUGUCAUGGAAAGAACAUUCCUUUCAAUAAAUUACACAGCUGCUAAGGACAUGUCUGGCCAUUCUAUAAUGGAAAUUCCUCAGUCAGCUGCUAAAAUCGUUCAAAACUUUACCGAAGAUUCAACUAGACCCACACUUUCAUCAUUUGAUUUUGAUCUGGAUGCUUCGACUUUACGCUUAACAUUUGAUGAGACAGUUAUGGCUCAUUCAGUAAAUCCACAGCAGAUUACAUUUCAGGAUGCCAUUGUGCUAUUUGUCAACUAUACAUUGCAGUACACACGAUCAAGUGAUGUCCUCAAUGCUGACAGCACUGUAGUUGAGAUACUUGUGCGUAAUGAUGAUCUCAAUGAGUUGAAGAAGAUCACACAGUUGGCUACAGGAAAGAACAACACUUGGCUGGUACUCACAGAGAAAGCUGUGAAUGAUAUGAACAGGAAUCUUAUCAUCAAUGGUUCAAUCUCAAAACAGGUAUCCAUGUUUACAGAAGAUACAACACCACCUCAGUUACUGUCAUUUGAUCUUGACAUGGACAGUCUGGGGAAAAUGACUCUUUCUUUCUCAGAGACAGUGAAUGUCAUCACUUUGAACGUAACGCAUAUUGUUGUACAGUCAUCAUAUUCCAGCAAUAUGAAUGGAACUGUGGUGUAUCGGUUGCAAGAAGCGAUAGAAUUCCCUAUGGGCACAAUUUCUUUCAGUGAUAAUGGCCCAGUUGUUGUUCUUGAUCUUGGGUCGGUGGACAUGAAUAAUAUCAAGAAACUAACAACCCUUGCACAGCAGAAGUCAGACACGUGGAUUAGUGUAACAUCAGGGCUAAUCCAAGAUAUGGAUGGACAUGAAGUUGUUGCAAUUGAUUCCCAUAAUGCCACAAGAGUUUCUGUUUACACUCCAGACAUAACAAGACCAACAUUGCGUGAGUUUGUGUUAGACAUUGAUGCUGGAGAACUGAUACUUACAUUUGAUGAGGCAGUUGAUGUUAGCAGUGUAGAUCCUAGUGGAUUUACGAUCCAGAACAGUGAGAGCCGCAUUUCAUUUUAUACUCUAACUGGUGGUGGUAUUGAGGGAGAAGAUGGCACUGUAGUAACAUUCAAACUGGACAGUAUAGAUUUAAACAAAGUCAAAGGUAAUCAAGUGUUAGCAACACUCCCAGAUGCUGAUGAUACAUAUUUAGCAAUGAGUGAUACAGCUAUCACUGACUUGGCACGAGAAGCCAAUUUUGCCAAUAGAACUUUACUGCCGGUGGAAGUGUUGAUACAUGAUACAACUCAACCAAAUAUCACUCAAUAUAGUGUCAGUAUCAAUGACAGUCUGCUUAUUAUAAACUAUGACGAAUAUGUAGAUCGAUCAACACUGGACUUUACUACAAUUACGUUACAAUCAGCAGCUAACAUUUCUCAUGCAGAACAAUGGUAUAAGCUGACUGGUGGUAACUGCUCCAGUGAAGAUGGGCUGCAGAUGAGGAUUGAAAUAACAGUGCAUGAUUUGAAUGAGAUCAAGAAAAGAGAUAAGUUGUUUAUUAGCAGAGAUACAGCUUUCAUGACAGUGGCUAUGUCACACAUCAUGGACAUGAUUGGUAAUCCUCUCUUUGCUAUACCUUCAACGUUAGCUGAGCAGGCUACUGUGUUUGAAGAUGAUACAACUCGACCUCGUCUGUUUGCAUUCCAUCUUGACUUGAAUGUUGGAACACUGACUUUAACUUUUCCAGAGACGAUGGAUGUUUCAACUAUUAAUUUCACAUCAAUUGCUAUCCAAGCAGACUCAGCUGUUGAUUCAGCUAGUGAUCGACACGUUCUAACUAGUGGGUCAUUAGGUAGCAAUGAAGACUCUACAGUUGUUGUGAUUGUACUUACAACUCGUGACCUCAAUGAUAUCAAACAGAAAGAAAUUGCAACUUCUAGACUGUCCAGCUGGAUUACAAUAGAGCCAACAGUUUUGAUGGACAUGAAUGGCUUGCUAGUUCAACCGCUCUACAAUGGGUUGUCUUCUCAGAUUGCAGCACAGUAUACAGUAGACAGAACACGUCCUGAACUCAUUGAUUUUGAUUUGGACUUGAACUUUGGCCGUUUGAUUCUACACUUCUCAGAAACUGUCAGGUCUAGAUCCUUGAAUGUCACGUCCAUUACAAUUCAAAAUGCCCAAACUGCCACUAGUCUUGAAACCUCCCGUACCUUGGUGGGAAACUUAGCACCAUCUCGAGUAAACUCUCCUACUCUUGUUGUUUUGAUGACUGACGACGAUCUGAAUGAACUUAAGAGAAUACUGUCACUAGCAACCAACAGCUUAAACACUUUUGUUAUGCUGAGAGCGAGCACAGUCUAUGAUAUGAUGGAAAAUUACCUUGUUCCAAUUUGGGACUCAGAAGCAAUUGUAGUUCGCCACUUUACAGAAGACAUGAUGCCUCCAAUGCUUGUAUCUUUUGAUUUGGACGUGGAUUCAGGAACUUUGACGUUGAAAUUUUCUGAGACUGUUAAUGCAUCAUCUCUAAUACCAGAAAGCAUUGAGCUACUGCGUAAUCCACGUACAUUUGACAAAAUCAUGUUGACAGGUGGUCUUGUUGUAUACUGUGAUGGUGUAUCUGUUGUUGUCAGUUUGAAUGAUGAGGACCUAAAUGUUUUGAAGCACUACACGACUAUCUGUACUGUUGGGACAAAUGAUUGUCUGACUCGACUAAGUAGCAACACAGUCAAAGAUAUGAAUGGAAAUUACUUGAAUUUUACUGAUGUCAUUGCUGUCGAAAAUUUUCACAAGGAUGAGACAAGACCACACCUGGUGUCAUAUAGCUUUGAUAUGAAUCAUGGAAUACUGAGUCUCACUUUCUCUGAGGCUGUCAAUCAUCUUGAUACUGACAGGCGAGCAGAUGGGUUGGACCCAACUCAGAUUAGUUUGCAGUCUAGCACGCAUGAAGAAGAAUGGUUGUCUGGCAACAUAUACCAAGGUGUUGCACGACGUUACACUUUGACUGGAGGAACAGUCACAGGACCAGCAGUCAAUCCAGGCCAUCCACCUGUUCUCGAUGUUCACCUGACUUUAGAUGACCUGAAUGUCUUGAAGAGCUUGCAAUCAGUGGCAACAAAGCUAGAAAACACAUACUUAACACUAACUAACGUCACCACUGUUGACAUGUUGGACUUGAACAUUAUUCCUAUUGAAAAUGGAAAUGCCUCUCAGGCUCGAAGCUACAUUGCCGAUACAGUUGCUCCCGAACUGGUUGCGUUUGACAUGGAUGUGGAUGCUGGAGAGCUUACCUUAAUAUUUUCAGAGAGUGUGAAUGUGAGCAGUCUCAACCCAAAGGAGAUAACUUUGCAAGGAUCAACUCCUCUGCUUAACAAUGCUUACACACUUAGUGGAGGAAAAUCCAUCAGCUACAACAAUCCUGUUAUUCAUCUGGAACUUUUGUUCAGUGAUUUAAAUGAAAUCAAAAGGCUGACAGGGUUGUGUACUGGAAAGAACACGACAUUUAUUUCCAUUACUCAGCAGCUUGUUACAGACAUGAAUGACAAUGCAGUAAGCGGAAGACCUCCCAACAAUGCAUUGCAAGUCAGAAACUAUACUGGAGACAUAAUCAGCCCUCAUCUAGUUCAGUCUACAGUUGAUUUGGAUUCAGGGCGUAUUCAUUUGACAUUUACUGAGACUGUAAGGCAGUCGUCUCUUGUACUAAUGUCCAUCACUUUGCAGAGUAGUGAUCAAGCUGUAAAUUCAACCACAUUAGCAAUAUCCGGAGGGACAAUAGAAACGGGCGAUGGUCUAAUACAGACAUUUGCUUUUACUGAUGAUGAUUUAAAUUCACUAAAGCGUCUUGAAGAUCUUUGCACUAGGCAGGCCAAUGGAGCGGACUGCUAUCUGUCUUUUGUCAAUACAACUGUUGAAGAUAUGAACUCGAAUGUUGUCGUUCCACCAUCUCCACUCACUGGUGUCUUAGUAUCAGAGUAUAUUGCGGACACUAACGGUCCACUUCUUGUUCAAUAUAGUGUAGACAUGGCGUAUGGUAAUGUUACUUUGGAAUUCAAUGAGACAGUCAAUGUGAGCAGUUUUGAUCCGACAGGACUGACGUUCAAUGGGUUCUUUGUUGAUUCUCCAGGUGUAGUUCAACUGCAGUUGACAGGAGGACAACCUGUGACUGAUACCAACAGUCUGAUGGUACAAUUUGUAUUUAACAGACAAGAUGUUGAGCUGUUUCGAAGAACACCUAAUUUCUUGGCUGGACCUUCUAACACGUAUCUUAGAAUUGACUCUUCAACAAUUAGAGACAUGGCAGGCAAUGCAGCUGUACAUAGACCAAGCAGCCCUGGUAGGUAUGAGGUAGUUGACAGUUUUGUCGAAGACUACUUGGCACCAGAAAUUGUUGCUGCUUCUAUUAACAUGACCGAUGGUACAUUACAACUUGAGUUUUCAGAGACAGUGCAAAGGGCGACUUUUCAAUCUAAUCUUUUGACAAUUCAGAAUCAGUUCAAUGCAACAGAUUCGUACACUCUUACGAGAGCAGUCAUAACUGGUGCAGGAGAUGAUUAUAUUCUGAAACUCAUUUUGUCAAAUGUUGACUUUCAAGAACUGCAGUCACGAGACGAUCUAGCCAAGUCCAUCAAUAGCACUUUCAUUGUUUAUGACAGUGGUCUUGUGGAGGACACAAAUAACAAUAAAAUAUCACCAAGAAUCAAUGCUGUAAAUCCAUUGCAAGUGUUUUCAUACACACGAGACAGUGUUGAUCCAAAGGUUUUUCAGUUUUUGUUGCUCGAUCUGAAUGUGCGGGAGUUGGAGGUUGCAUUUGAUGAGCCUGUCAAUGCAUCUGCGACCAACGUCACUUUGUUCACUUUGCAGAAACGAGAUAAUUACGAGUUAUUUGGUGGGACCAUCUUCUUAUUGAGUGGAGGUAGCGUUCGAUAUGGUGACGAUUCACUUGGUCCCAGACGAAAAUUAGUCAUUGGCUUGACUCCUGAGGACUAUGAAUAUCUGGUUCUAAAUGAAGAUAUUGCCACAAAGACAGACGACACAUUCUUGUCUCUUCCUUACAGUGCAGUAAGAGAUAUGGCAGGUAAUAGUCUUGUUGAAGUUCCUCGAACUGAUGCACAAAAGGUCGUCAAGUUUCAACCAGAUGACAGUAUCCCUGAGCUAGUGCGGUUUGACUUGGAUCUUGAUGCGGGAACCGUUCGAUUGGAGUUCAGUUCUGUGAUUGAUGUUAAAACAAUGAAGCCUACUGCAGUUACCAUUCAACAUGCUCAUUUGGCAGACCCAACUCGAAGACAUAAGCUGACCGGUGGCACUACCACUAGUCAAAAUGGUUUCUUUGUUGUGAUUGAUCUGAGUGAUAAUGAUCAGAAUGAGAUAAAACGACUCACUGGAUUAGGAUUGGCAACAAGUAUCAAUACUUCUAAGGUCACUGUAGAUGCAGAUUUCAUUAACGGAGUUUCUGGACGAGAUGUCUUAGCUGUCACAGAUGGAACUGCUCUCAAUGCCACAACAUACCAGGAAGAUACCACGCGUCCCAAGUUGUUUCAUGUGAAUGUCGAUUUUAAUCUUGAGAUGAUUUCACUCAUAUUUGAUGAGACAAUUCGUGCGUCUUCGCUGAACAUUACAGACAUAGUGCUGCAGAACUCACGUUCUAAUGCAUCAUCGACAUAUCGCUUGACUGCAGAAGGAUUGGGACAGUGGAGAACAAACUCAUCACAAGAAGAUGACACAGUCAUAGUCAUCACACUUGGAUCUACUGACCUGAACGCCAUAAAGGGAAUUACAAGUUUAGUCACUGGAUCAAAUGAUACGUUCCUGACAUUGUCAGAUUUGGCCGCUAAUGACAUGAAUGGUAAUCGUCUGGUGCCUAUCAGAAAUGACAAUGCCACAAAGGUGAUUAUAUACACAGAAGAUAAGACAGAUCCUCAAAUUGUAGCCUUUUCUCUAGACGUUGAUGACGGUAUUCUGACAAUGACUUUUACUGAGAUUGUGAACGUUAGCUCUUUGGACACUUCGUUCAUUCGCUUGCAAUCCGGGAAGACUGACUUGGUCCACACAUCUGAUUUGACUAGCAGUAGUGUGGCCACACAGACAGUUAAUGAUUACAUCAUUACAAUAUCAAUUGGAAUUGAUGAUCUUAACAGAAUCAAACUGGUUAGAUCACUGGCUCAAGACAAAGGAUCGACUUGGAUGAGUUUGGGUGCUGAUGCCAUACGGGACAUGAACAGAAACCGCGUCCAAGAGAUCAGAGAUGGAGACGCAAUAGAGGUGCUUGGGUACUCUGCAGAUAUCACCAACCCAAAUCUGAAUAGCUUUCACUUGGACAUGAACAGUGGAUUGUUGCAUUUGACAUUUGAUGAAACAAUUGAUGUUAAUUCACUAAACAUCACUCGUGUCACUCUGCUCUCAUCCAGCACAGCUCCAGGGUCCUUGCAACAGCACUCAUUUGCACAGUUGGAUGCUGUUACAGGAGAUGGACAUGAAGUAUCAUACCAAGUUGGCAUUGAAGAUCUUCAUGCUGUUAAACUAAAGACAAAGCUGGUGACCUCUAGAAUGAACACGUGGCUGAAGAUUGAACCUGCUUCUUUUACAGACACGGCUCUGAUUCCAAACGAUGUCAAUUUUGCAUACAUAAAUGCCUACAAUUUUACGGAGGACACAACAAGACCAGAACUCAAGAGCUUCCUCACUGAUGUCAAUGCUGGUGUCCUCACCUUGAACUUUGACGAACCCGUCAACGUUUCAUCAUUUGUCUUCACAUCGUUUACCCUGCGUGCUGGUCGGAGCAGAAGAUCAAGGUUGUAUCAACUGACAGGAGGGGAGAUCAACAGCACGGUCAAUGGUUUGUCAUCUGUUUUGGUGAUGUCACAUGACGAUCUCAAUAAUGUGAAAGACAACGAGGGUCUCUUGAUCAGCCAUGAAACGUCCUAUCUCACAUUUCUGACAGGAGCAGUCAAAGAUAUGAACGGGAACGAAAUUGCUGAAGUGGACAUAUCAAGCGCAAUACAAACAGUCUAUUUCAGAAACGAUACUAUCCAGCCAGAACUUGACCAUUUUGAUCUCGACAUGGAUGCGCCUGCAACGUUACUGUUAGUAUUUGUAGAGACCGUUGAUUAUCAAAGCGUUCAGCUGUCUAGAAUAACUCUGCAGUCGUUGUUCAACACAACUGAUGACAAAGACAGACAGACUUUGAGAGGAGGUAUCGUUUCAUCCAACGAUGACACUCACAUCAGUAUCUCCCUUGAACAAGACGACGUUAAUGCUAUGAAGUACAAACAAAUUGGAUUAUCAAACUUGACGUCAUGGUUGGUGAUGGAUGGAGAUAGUGUCAAAGAUCAGAAUGGUUUAGAACUUGUCCCACUUCUUAAUGGUAUUACUGCACAACGAGUCUCUCAACACACAUUAGACACGACAAGACCGAAGCUGGAGUCGUUUGAUCUCGAUGUAGAUGGAGAUGGAGUACUACACCUGACGUUUAGUGAGACUGUUGAUGCAAGUACUUUGAAUGCAACACAACUCACUCUGCAAAAAGAUCGUUUAUCAUUGGGAAACUCAUUUAGUCAUCAUACAUUCUCGUUGUCUACUGUAACUUAUGAGCUAGACAGACCCGUCCAGGUUGUGAGCAUUGCCAAAACAGAUCUGGAUGAACUGAAACAAAAGAGUGGACUGGCAACAUACAAUGAAACUUCUUUCUUGUCGUUCUCUGAUGACUUUGUCAAAGAUAUGAGUGGCAAUAAUGUGGUUGCUGUUGCCUUCACAAAUUCAAUUGUUGUAUCGAAGUUUACUGCAGAUACAACUAUCCCUAGUUUGGAACAAUAUGAUGUUGACAUUGACUCUGGCUUGUUGUUGCUUACUUUCUCUGAGACAGUGAACGCUUCUUCAUUGGAUGUGACUCAAUUCUUGUUGCAAAAUGAUUCUCAAAGAAAUCGACGUGUUGUUUCUGAGUUCAGGUUGACUGACGAUUCCUCAAUUGUAGGAGAAGAUCCAGUUGGACAAGACGACGUUUCUAUUGUGAUUCAAAUUGGUCAAAAUGAUCUUAACAGGAUCAAAUAUCUUACUGACUUGUUUACUUCACGUCUCAACACACAUCUCACUUUGACGUCCAGUGCAAUCAGGGACAUGAACAACAAUGCUGUGGAGGCAAUAAACACAAACAAUGGGCAGCAAGUGAUUACGCACACGUCAGAUACUACAAGACCACAACUCCAUUUGUUUCAUCUCGACAUGAAUAUUGGGCAGAUUACACUGGUAUUUAAUGAAACAGUUGACGCACAGUCACUCGACGUGACAAAGCUGACUCUCCAAGGCCACGCCAACCAAUCAGAGGCAGAAUACUUUACUCUAACGGGAGCUCAUAUGACUUCAAAUGAUGAUUCAACCCAGUUGAGAAUCAUCCUUCUGAAUGAUGACUUGAAUGUGGUAAAGCAACUAGGGAGUUUAGCCUACAAUUUUUCCAGUAGUUUCCUCUCAUUGGCAAAUGACUCAGUUCAAGACAUGAAUAGCAACUGGAUUGAACCUAUUCUUGCCUGGAGUGGUGAAAGAGCUAGCAAUUUCAUUGCAGACAGAACUUCUCCCGUUCUUGACUCCUUUGACUUUGAUCUUUCCGCUGAGACGUUGACAUUGUAUUUCAACGAAACCGUUAUGAUCAAAUCACUCAAUUUUAAGCAGAUCACAAUUCAAAGUGGCUCUCACGCCGAUCAGUAUGUGCAACUAACGGGUGGUAAUAUUGAUCACAGUGACAGCGCAACUGUUGUAUUGCGUCUGCUAAAGAAGGAUUUGGAUGACAUCAAGGCAGCGUCUUUAUUGGCAACAUCAAAGACUGACACAUAUCUUGCAAUCACAAAUUCAACCGUUUUAGAUAUGAACUACAAUCGAAACAAGGAAGUUUCAGUCGAUUUCCCGUUGCCUGUUCUAAUAUAUGAGGCUGAUCAUGUUCGACCUCGUUUGGAUGGUUUUGAUUUGGACAUGGAUAAUGCAAUUAUGAGGUUGACGUUCAGUGAGACGGUAAAUGUGUCGUCUCUAGAUGUUACACAAAUAACUCUGCUGCCCUGGCUUGAUGCUGUGUCCAGUGAUCACACAUUGGAGGCAACAAGCACAAGCAUCAGCUCCAAUAAUCCUAUCGUUGUCAUCAAACUGAGCGAAAAUGAUUCAAAUAGAGUUAAGCAGCUCACCGAACUGGCUGUUUCCAAUGAAACCAUCUAUUUGUCCAUCCUAGACACCACCAUUCGAGACAUGAACAGUAACAGGGUCCACCCUAUCAACAGGACUUUAUCCCUGAGAGUUUCGGCGUUCACUGGUGACACGACUUCUCCGAUACUGAGGAAUUUUUCGUUGGACAUGGACAGUGGCAACAUGACAUUAACGUUUUCUGAAACAGUGAAUGUCUCUUCACUGAUUGUGAGUGGCAUCACGUUGCAAAACGACAGCAUAUUGAUGCCAUCUCAUCUUCAACUGCGAGCCGCUUCAACAAGACAGUCAAACGAGCCAUUUAUUGUUGUGUACUUUUCUUAUCAUGAUUUUCAAGAGCUAAAACGGCAGCGCCUGUUGACGUCUAGACUAGCCAACUCAUGGCUGUCUUUACUUGAUGUUACAUUAAUGGACAUGAACGACAACCUGGUUGUACCAAUCUCGAGAAAUGAGGCUAAACUAGCCAUCUCUUUCAUUGAAGAUACGACUUCUCCCAUGUUGGAAUCAUUCGAGUUUGAUGUCGACUCGGGCACGUUGGUUUUGAAUUUUAGCGAAACGGUUGAUUCAUAUACGUUUAAUCCAGUGGAAAUCACUCUUCAAGAGACAUCGAAUGGAACGACUCCAAACUCGUUCACUCUUACUGGGGCCAACUGGAUAUUCAAUGAUUCGACAACUAUUGUUGUCACUCUUCUAGAGAGAGACUUGAAUGAGGUGAAGAAAAUCAGGAAUUUAGCUACCCUGGCGUCAGGCAACAAUACUUACGUUUCGAUGACUAACAAAACAGUUGCUGAUAUGAAUGGUAAUGUUGUGAUUCCUGUUCUCUCCUCUCGUGCUAUUCGGAUUAGAUCAAUGUUGGUACUGGACACAACCAAGCCGUCUCUGGUCUCGUUUGACUUGAAUAUGAACACAGAACGUCUGGAAAUGACAUUUUCGGAAACAAUGGACGUGACAACGUUGUUUCUCAAUGAAAUAAUCAUUCUCAAUCGCAAUAAUAGUGAUAAAGUGCGACUUACAGGAGGUUCUACACCUUCUGAAGACUCGACUGUUAUAGUAGUGCAACUCGAUGUUGACAACUUAAACGAAAUAAAACGUAGGAGUUUUGCCACUGACAAGAUGGACACGUUUGUCUACCUCAGCCCUGUCGCUAUUAAAGACAUGAACGGCAACUUGUUAGAUGUGUUUGGUUCGAUGCAGGUCAGCAACUACACUAGAGACACAAUCAGUCCAGUCGUCGUACAAUUUGACUUAGAUAUGAAUUCGCAUCAGUUGCGUAUCACUUUCAACGAGACAGUCAAGACAGACUCAUUGUUGUUUACGGAGUUGACCAUACAGAGCAACAUUCGUCUCUCUUCCUCACACUAUAGGACGUUGACCGGAGGAAGAAAUCUGACAAGAGAUGGAACCGUUCUCGUUGUAGAACUUGAUGUAGAUGAUGCAAAUUACAUCAAGAAGUUUGUCUCAUUAGCGACGGAAGUAAAUAAUACGUUUUUGUCGUUAACCAACUUGUCGAUCGUUGACAUGGCUGACAAUCCCGUGAUGGCUAUUUCGUCUGACAAUGGACAACUCGUCACUGUGUUUGUGGAAGACAGCACACCACCUGAACUCGUAUCUUUCCAUCUUGAUUUGACAUUUGAGGAACUACGCUUGACAUUUACUGAAACGGUGAAUGUAUCGUCGCUUGACCCAAUGCAGAUCACUUUGCAAGACAGUGAAGAUCCGUCUGCCACGUACCAAUUGACUGGUGGUGUUGUUCACCCUUACAUCAACGAUACAGACGUGAUAUUAUCGCUGACGGCGUUUGACUUAAACGAAAUCAAGAAGAACGACGCUCUGGCCACAUCACGUUUAAACACUUUUCUUACUUACACAGAAGGGAUGAUUACUGACAUGAACUACAAUCCUGUUGUUAGCAGAGACACCAUCACUUCGUCUUCUUCAGGCUCUGGCUCGGAGUCUGGAGUAAGAGAUGAACAAGGUCCUUUGCAAGCAAAGAAUUUUAUGGAAGAUACAGUUAGACCCGAAUUGAGUAUGUUUGAUGUUGACAUGAAUAUGGGUCGUUUAAAGUUGACGUUUAGUGAGACGGUAAGAGUGAGCACCCUUUAUCCACAAGGAUUAGCUUUACAGAGCUUUGCCAGCAAUGUAUCUGGCUUGUUAUUUCACCAUUGGCUAACAGGGGGAAGCUCAAAUGCAACAGCACAGCCAGUCGUGUUGAUACAAAUGACAGUCGAGGAUGUGAACAGGAUCAAACAGCUUCCACCUCUGGCAUCUUCAAUAUCUUUCACCUACUUGGCAGCUAUUCCUAAAACCAUCCGUGACAUGAACAAUAAUAGCUUAGUGUCAGUAAACGUUUCAUCUGGUUUGCAAGUGAAGAACUUCACAGCAGACACGACAAGACCGCGUCUCAUCUCAUACAACUUGGACGUGAAUACUGCGUUUCUCUCUUUGACUUUUGACGAAACGACGUUGGCAGAAUCACUAAACGUUUCUCAGGUUACUAUCCAAAAUGCUGCAUCUGCCCCUACCAGUUUCUAUCAACUCACAACAGAGUCAAGCAACUUGAUGGCUCGCAAUGGAGACAACACGGUCAUUGUAGUUGUUAUUGGUGACGCUGAUCUGAAUGAGAUAAAGAAACUUGUUUAUUUGGCAACUGAAACGAAUACUACGUACCUUACUUUCACUGCACUAGCCAUAUCCGAUAUGCAAGACAACGCAGUUGUCCCUAUUGAGACAGGACAGCUUGUUGAACGGUACACACCUGACACCACCAAACCCACUCUGCAAAGCUUUCAAACUGACAUGCACCGUCGGCUUCUCUUCCUCACGUUUUCUGAGACAGUCUUGUCCUCUUCUCUCAAUGUGUCUCAACUGACUCUGCAAGAUGCUGCCACUGCCGUUGGGCCAACGCAUUCUCUUACAUCUUCAUCAACCAAUAGCUCGGAUGGCCCCGUUAUUGUUAUUUCUCUCAGCUCGUUCGACAUCAACAGACUGACAUUCUUUACCAACAUGAUGACUUCAAGCAAUGAUUCGUUUUUGGUAUUGAGUGAAGCUGCUAUUGAGGACAUGAACGAGAACCGAGUCAAACCGAUUGCAAAUGGUCAUGCGCAACAGGCGAGCAUCUACACGGAAGAUCUCCUUAAUCCAACUCUAGAGAGUUUCACUGUUGAUCUUGACCGACACGAAGUCAGUCUGUCGUUUGAUGAGACCGUCAAUCUAACGACUGUGCAGCCAACUCGCUUCUACGCAUAUUCGAAUGGGAACGGCUCUCUGAACUACCAGCUAACAGGAGGCACAAUAAAUGGUACAUACUCCCACAUCUUUAUUAUUCACUUGACCAUACCUGAUGUCAAUAACAUCAAAACUAUCAGACAUUUGUGGACAACAGCAAACGAUACGUGGUUGUACAUGAAGGCAGCCGCUCUAGAAGACAUGAGCAACAACAAAGCCAACUCAGCGAUCCUUCCCGUCUUAUCGACUCCCAUUGAACGCGUUUCACCUAAUCUCAUUUCGUUUGCCGUCAACAUGACGUCUGGCACGCUGACGCUCAAUUUUGACGAACCAGUGAAGCCGGAGACUCUCAACUACACGCUCAUUAGCCUACAUGGUGCUAGAAAUGGCAGUGAGAUGUACAGACUAACAGGAGGGACAAGUCCAAGUGAUGAUGGUCUCGUUGUGAUCGUUCAAUUUACAUUCAUUGAUCUCAACAACAUUAAAGCUUUAGAGGAUUUCUUUAUUAGUAGGAAUACGUCGUAUAUUUCUCUUGGAGAAGGAACGAUAAAAGACAUGGUCAACAAUCCUUCUUCAUCGACAAACGGAACCAUUCAGGCUGAUGUAUUCUUUGACGACAUGACGGGACCUUAUCUUGUUAGUUACGAUCUCGAUAUGAAUAUUGGCCAUUUGUUGUUGACUUUCUCCGAAACGGUUGACGUUUCAUCAUUUCGUUUUGACAACUUUAUCAUUCAAGUUCAAUCUAAUGUGAGUGAUAGACAUCCAGAGUACGCGCAUACGUUGACUGGAGGGAGAGCUGUGAGUACGGUAACCCUACUAGAUAACAGACAUGUCACACUUACCCUCUCUCUUGAUGAUUUGAAUGACAUCAAAGUGAAGCGCAUCGCUACAAGCAUCAACGCAUCAUGGCUGGUGAUGGCAAGUGGAGCUCUAGUGGACAUGUUUGGUGAGCCUGUAGUGUCUCUUCUCAACGGAGUGAACGCCAUGAGACCUCGUAAUUACACCCCAGAUACAACCACUCCUCGACUAGACGACUUUGACUUGUCACUCGACAGUGGCCUCUUGACGCUCUAUUUCUCAGAGUCUGUUGAUGUGUCGACGUUUAACGUGACAGAAAUCACUUUAUUGAAUAAAAACAGAAGUGCGACGUCUUCAUAUAGUCUCACCAGUCAGUCCAGCGUAGUGUCUGACGACGGACCAACUGUAGUCGUGAGUUUGAGCGACUUUGAUCUGAAUACUAUCAAGCAGAUGCAAUAUCUGGCCACUACACGUUAUGACACAUUUAUCUCGUUUGGGACAGAACUUGUGGCGGAUACGAUUGGUAUCAAAGUGGUUGGAAUAGGGAUGGACAGUGCUCACCAGGUGCAGGUCGUCCAUGAAGAUGGGUCGAAACCCGAGUUGCUGGGUUUUGAUCUUGAUAUGAAUUCUGGUAAUCUGACGCUCACGUUCACCGAAACGGUCAACGUCACUUCUCUCGACUUCUCAAAAUUUUCGAUUUCGAAUGGACGGGAUGUCAAUGCUUCUUACUAUCGCAUGCACACGCUUAGUGGUGUUGGUGGUUACCCAGAUGGUACCGUGUCGGUUAGUAAUGAUUGGCCUGUUAUUGUCUUACAACUCGGACACAGAGAUAUCAAUCAAUUGAAGAAAAUACGUACUCUUGCUACUGGGCAAAACGACACGUAUGUUUUCUUUGAGAGUGACUUCGUCUCAGAUAUGAAUAACAAUCGAGUUGUUGCUGUUUCUUCUGCUGAUGCCUUGAACGUGAGUUUACUCACUAUUGAUACAACUGAGCCAGUCUUGUUAAGUUUUGACUUGGAUAUGGACGAGGGACUACUCAUAUUGAAGUUUUCGGAAACAGUUAACGUUGCUGACACGUUUAACGUUACACAAAUCACUGUCCAAAAUGAUGUGGUGGCUGUCGGUAGGAAUGUCACUCAAACUCUUCAUGAUUUUGAGUGGCCGACUGGUAGUAGGACACUCAGUGAGGACGGGCCGGUUGUGACCAUUCAGUUGGGAUUUAUCGACUUGAAUGAGAUCAAGUACAAGCGAGCUCUCGCAACGACCACCAACAACACUUUUAUUUCGUUGACUAAUUUGACGGUGGAAGACAUGAAUAGCAACGCGCUGGUUUCUACUCUGACAACAGAAGCGAUGAGAGUGGAUGCGUUUACUGAAGAUACAUCGAAUCCUGUCUUGCUUGACUUUUCUCUUGAUAUGGACGCCACAACAUUGACGCUAACGUUUGACGAAUUUGUGGAGACGGAGUCGCUCAACGCAAGCGGCAUCACAGUCCAGAACUCAAUGUAUGCCAACUUUAUGUACCACUCUAGUCCGAGAACUCUGCUGUUUGGUUCUACUGGAAGCACAACGAGAUCGGAUGACAAUCAUAUUGUGGUUGUCGAUCUAGGAGCCGACGAUCGGAACGAAAUAAAACGGAGACGAAAUCUUGCGGUCAACAAGAACACAACGUACGUGCUGCUGUCGUCUAUUGCCAUUACUGACAUGAAUGGAAACACUGUAACGGAGAUUGUGGAUGGACUGGCCAGACAAGCGGCUGAAUAUGUGGAGGAUAAGACGGCUCCUGUUGUGUCUGCGUACAGUAUUGAUAUGGACGAUGGGGUGCUCGUGUUCACGUUUGAUGAGACAAUCAGAGCAGACAGCAUCAAUCUGACGGAGUUCACUCUGCAGGAUGGUUCAUGUCGAGUCGACUACAAUCACACUCUAACCGGAGGAGAAAGCACUGUGUCGGAUGGAACAGUUAUUGUUGUUCAACUGACUGUUUCCGAUGUGAACGAAAUCAAACGCAAGCAUCUGUGCCGGGACCGUCUCGACUGUUUCCUGCUUCAUCGGAACACCUCCGUGUACGACAUGUCAUUCAAUGUGAUCGAUGAGAGAGCGGAUUGUGAUGGUUUGAUGGUGCGUGAGCAGACACCAGAUACCACGCGUCCUCGACUAGUCGAAUUUACAACCAACAUAACUUCCGAAACAUUGACUCUUACCUUUACCGAGACGGUCAAUUCGUCGUCGAUGAACUUCUCUGCUUUCCGACUUCAGGAUUUCUUCGAAGGCAGCACACAUUAUACUCUUACCUCCGGUGUUCGCCAGAUAGACGACAGUACGGUUGUGGUGUUGACAUUUUCUUGGGAUGAUUUGAAUGCCAUCAAACAGAACACGGAGAUAUUUACGGACAGAACGAACGCGUGGCUCGUCUUCAACGAGUUUGCCAUUCACGACAUGGCUCUCGUGCCUAAUCGUGUCAUUCCCGUCGUCGAUACGACAGACUUGGCGAGUGGAGAGGUAAGCAAGUCGUUCUACGAAGACGUCACUCCUCCCGUUUUGUGGGCAUUCGACGUCAACAUGCACACGCACCAGUUGACGCUUUAUUUCUCGGAGACGGUCAAAGCCAGCAGUCUGACGAUCGACGAGAUCACAUUGCAAAACAGAGAGAAUAGAUCACACGCAACAGAGUGGCAUACUCUCAGUCCUGGGGAAAAGCCAUGGCGGUCGUCAUCAAUCAGCACGGAUCACCAUACAAUCGUUAUCAACAUGGGACGAGACGACACAGACAAGAUUAAGGCUUUAACCGACUUGGCAACGUUCGAAAAUAACACCUUUAUUACUUUCUCUCGCAAUCUCGUGUCCGACAUGAAUAGCAACUCUGUCGUUUCUGUUGACGUUUCUAGUGCUCAACGUGUGCUCGUCUUUACAGAAGACAAAGUGAGACCUCGACUUCUCUCCUUUGAUUUGGACAUCGACAGUGGAGAUAUGACCAUGACAUUCUCGGAGGCGAUGAACACAUCCUCUCUUGUUGUAUCCGACAUUCGUUUGCAGGCUGGUGAACACAACACGACGACGUAUCACCUCUUGUCCGGUGGUGCACCUCCAAACGGUAGUGUGACCAACAGCAAGGAUGUUGCUCUGGUGGUUCUAGAGCUGGGAGACAAUGAUCUCAACGCAUUGAAGAAGAAUACGGCAUUGGUGAGCGACGUUAACAACACGUACGUCUCACUGAAAGAGACCGCGUGGUCAGACAUGAACGGAAAUCUUGUUGUUGCCAUUGACGACGACAAUGCCACGCACGUUACUCGUUUCACCUUGGACACAACCAGACCGACUUUGUUAUCAUACAAUGUUAACUUGACCGCCGAGACUAUCACAAUGUCGUUUGAUGAAACCAUCGACGUCAGUUCUGUGCGUAUUGAUGAGAUCACCUUGCAGGCGCGUGGAUACACAUCUCUUGCAUCCCUCGUCUUACAUUACUAUCUCAGCAACGGGACAACAAACGCAGACGACAGCGAUUUGUUAGAGAUCUCGUUCGACUUUGAUGAUUUGAAUGAUAUCAAACGACUUACGGGCAUAUUUGUCAGCAACAUCACCUCUUAUCUCUCAUUUUCAAGCGACUUUCUCGUCGAUAUGAAUUCGAAUCCUGUACAAGAGAUCAUAAACGGCCGUGCUCUGCCUGUCACUGUAUUUACCCCGGAUUUGGCGCCACCCGAACUCUGGACGUUCUCACUGGACAUGAACAGUGGCAUACUGCUAUUGACGUUUUCAGAGAUUGUCAAUGUGUCGUCGUUUGACGUAACGGCUAUUACUAUAAAAUCCGCUCCCGUCAAUCCAAUGGGUAGAAGCCGUCGUCUGACGGAAGAGAGCCAACUGCAGACAGAGAAGAACGAACGCAUUGUGUCCGUACAGUUGGGCACAUCGGACUUGAACAAACUCAAGAGCAUCGAAGGACUGGCGACUGGCACUCAUAAUACAUUCAUAUCGAUCGACAGUCGUUUGAUAGCCGACAUGAACGACAACCAGGUGACAACUAUUGCUUACAACGACUCUCUACAAGCUACAGAGUUUCAACGGGAUGUGACGGCGCCGCAGCUCGUUGAGUUCUCCGUGGAUCUGAUCGUUGGGCAGCUAACGCUGCUCUUCAACGAGCCCAUCAACUCAUCGUUUACACAAUAUGAUGCUAUCACCGUGCAGGACGGGCUGUUGUCCGACGAUAACUACACGUUAACCGGUGGAACAAUCACUGCAUACAACGACAAGCUAACACUCGUGCUCCAGUUGAAUAAUCAAGAUUGGAUACACAUCAAACAGGAUCCUUCUCUUUACACAUCUUUACUGGACAGUUAUCUCACAUACAAGAUGAACGCAUUUGUGGACACGGCGACGGUUGGCAAUGAGGUUGUACCGCGAGUUGACGGAGUGUCGUCGUUGGAGGCGUCUAAUUAUACGUAUUAUCCAUUGCCUGUGUUCAUUGAAGUGAAACCAACAGCAGGAAGGGAGUCUGGUGGGACGCGUCUCGUAGUGCGAGGCUUGAAUUUUGGUCCCGUGGAGGGAUAUCCGGCUGCUAGGCGUGUGGAUGUGCUCAUUGGUGGAAGUCUUGCGUUGGGAACUCGAGUAAUUGAGAAUAACACGAUUGCUGAGACUUUCUCUCCGGCAGCUGGCCUAUCAAGUGUUCCUCUUUCACUUCAACUGACCAUCGACGACAGUGCACUCAUACAUCUAGUUCCUCGAGUGUUUACAUACCUCGAGCCUCCUGUCUUUGAUUUUAUCUUUCCUGUUGCUGGCACAAAAUAUGGAAACACGGUGGUAUCGAUUUAUGGACGAAAUUUCGGCCCCUCCACAGCUUCCGGGAACGGCCCCGUAGUGGCCGUAUGGAUAGGAGGCAAAGAGUGUACACUCCCAACUGUUGUUGAUAAUUCAAGUAUUACCUGUCAGACUCCUGAGUUAUCAAUUGGAGAUCACGACGUCGUGAUUGUUGUCGAUGAAGUUAACGUUACGGCAGCGGAUGCGUUCCGAACGCUCGACCCUCCGACAGUGACAGCAGUCGAUCCUCCUUCUACAUUCCUUCACGACACGACAGACAUCACCAUCACUGGCACACAGUUCGGUCCGACAAACGCCUCACACACAGCCAGACACGUUCGUGUGACUCUCAACGAUACACUCUGUCUCAAUCCUCACGUCACAGUCGAAGACACAACGAUUGUAUGUACAGCUCCUCCUUCUCUUGGUGGCCCGUCAAACAUCACUGUGUAUGUGGACGACGUCCCGUCUGCUAUUUCGUCUGUCAUUUUCUGGCAUUACGACCACCCGGGGACCAUCUCUUUUAGCCACGCCGUUUUCAAUGUGUCCGAAACGGAAUCUCUUGGAAAUGUGACGAUUACACGUACGAACUAUCCGGCAUUCGCGUCUCCUGUCAAUGUGACUGUUUGGGCGCGAGAUGCAACAGCUGAAUCGCCAUUUCACUUUGUUGCAUCGAAUGAAACGAAGAUGAUGGACGCGUUUGAGAACGAGCUGCAAUUUCAGGUUGUUAUAAUGGCUGGGAGCUACCAGCGGAUGAGACUGAGGAAAGGAGCGGAUGAUGAUGUGGACGUGGAAGUGGUGGUGACGUCUGUGGUGCCGCGACAUGGUGUCGCCGAGGUCGGGCGCUCCACGGCUGUGUUGACGAUUCGAGGUAUUUGCCAAGUGGUGUCCGACAAUUGUGUCGCUGACUGGACUUUUGACGGCAUCUUCUACUAUCGUAUUGACAGUCUGUCAUCUGAAGACGUUGGUGUUUGAUUUAGUUUUCUAUAUGUUGCUGGCAGUGAUGCGUUGAUGUUGACGUUUGAGCAUGUUUUUAUGCGUUUGCUGUGCUUUUGUAUCAAUCAGUCAAUCAAUCAAUAAUUUGAUGUUUUGA